AUGGCGGAUGCAACGUGCCCUCCAGAUCGCUGCAGCAAACCAGCGGAUACCCUACUUAAGCUUGACAAGCUCUUUGAAGAUUUCUGGAGAAAAAUCCACCAGCAACAUGAGGUGCAGAACGGAUCACUUCAGAGCUUACCGCGUCGCAAGUCAGCAACGUCAACCCGUGAACGUGCCCGAACCUGGAGGCUAAAACCUGCACACCACGAAGAAAGCGGGCUGCAUCGUGCCCUUCCGCUUGUCUGGGUCGUUGGGGUCUGCAUGUGAAACCUCCCUCAGAGCCUGGAACUUCAGGGCGAUCACCUCCGGAGCUGAACAUCCUACAUCACCACCUCCAGCGGGCACUGCAGGGACUCCCUACCGGGCUGAAUACUAAGAUGACGGUAUGGCCAGAAAAAUAAAAGAAUUUCCAAUCGGAGGGUGUGGGCUGACCGGAGAUUGGCUCAUAUUGUUUACAGCAAAUGUGAAAUGUCUUUGUUUUCUUUAAUCAUACUUUUAUUUCUGUUUCUGUUCUCAUUAUUCCCUUUGGAUUUGCAUUGGCAUGUCACUGUCAUUAUGCAGGGGCCCCCUGGAUGGUCAAUCUUCACACUAGCUACUUUAAACUAUCUUAAGCAAGCCUGCGUUUAAUGCAGUUUAAGCAUACAGCUGUCAGUAUAUCAUAAUAUGACCCUACAAUGUUUGACUUCUGACGAGUUGUGUAUUAUACCUGUUUCACUGUUACUACACAAAAAAGUGCACUAGAUUAGAUUAGAUCUUAGUUUCUUGAAAUGUAUUAAUCUUGAUGUCAUGUCACUAUCUGCAUAUAUGUUAUUAUCUCCACUACAAAAAUAAAGAAUUAUAAAAGGAGAGAGCCCUGUAUCAGGUAACCUGGGCUUAGUACUGCCACAUUCUGAUUUUAUUUAGAAAUGUGUAUGUGUGUUGAAUGAAAUGCAAAAUUUUCGCUACAUCAGGUCUGGCACCCACACCUCGGCAAUGUGGGGAGGUCGAGCUUUAGUGAUGAGGUGUUUGCAUUUAAAAAACAAACAAACUUUAAAACGUUCUUGGUCACUUGCAGCGUGAUGCACUUCUACCCAACUUGGUCUGAAGGGCGACCCAGCCCCCACAUUGUCAGGUUAUUGUGUUGCAAAGUAAAACACAAUAUGAUCCAUUUUAUCUCAGGCUGGGAAACAAUUUCUGUUUCCUUUCCACUUCUGAAAUGGCUACAGAAAUGGGAAUGAGUCCUGUAAUGGCCUCUCUCAGACUUGAAAUCCACGCCGGCCCUUCACACAGCAUUUAAAUUACAUUUUCUGUUUACUUGCGCUUACAAAACUAAAUUUUCCAGUAAGUGGGUAUAUUCCAUACCUCUCAAAGAAGGCACAACAAAAAAAAUGGUCUCUUCACUGGACAAAACCUGUCCUGUGUGAAGGGGUUCUCAGAAGAGGCCUAUAAUGAAGGUAAUGAGGAGCGGUGCUUGGGAAAAUCUAGCAGCCAUUGUUUUACAACCCCUUCAGUGCUUGAGAAACUGCCUGAACCUGUAUAUCAUUAUCCAUAUACAGAGUGGCAUUCUAUUAUCUUACCAUAAAUAAAAUCAUUUUAGUUACAAAUAGUACAGAAUAGAUGGUUUCCAGCGCUUGUUAAAUAUUCAGAUAGGCAGCUUGGGUAACCCCAUUCUAUUCCUUGUGAAGGAAUAAAGGGGAGCAUAGCCUUGAGAGUGUCCUCAAAUCCAGGUCAGUGUGGACCAAUAUUUAACAAAAAAGAGGACAAAGUGAAAAACAUAGUAUAGUAAGUAGGUAAUUUGGUGAAACAGAAUAAGGGAAUUGCACUUACAAUUUAUGGAGCUGAUAAUUAGCUCCAAAUCGAUGUGCCUGGGUGGUACAAUCCCCGACUAUAGAUAUACUUGAUGUCUUGAUUCAGUUGGGGGUAAUCCAGAGGUAUGAAAAAAGAACAGAAGAUAACACUGAUAUAGUGUAGUAUACUGAGUACACCAAGUGAAGUCACAAUUGUUGGAGCCUACUAAUGGAUCCCAAUAAUAGACAUGAAGUGGAACAAUCCAUACUCUUGGGUACACAUGAAUUCCCGCUCUUGGAUAUGUGUGACAGCAGUUCUGACCAAAUGAUAUAUGGAUAAAAUUGAAAUAAAAAUUUAGUGCUCACUGUUUAGGAUCAAAUAAAAAUAAUAAAUGAUUUACUCACUGGUGAAGAAAAAGUAUGACAUUCAUUUCAGUUACAGCCUUUGCUGAAAGCAGGAGAUAAAACCAUAGAGGGAGCUGGUCUUAUUUACUACGCUGCUCCUGGCUAUUUAAUAAAUAAUAGUAUAAUAAGCCUCACUUGCAGAGCUGGAAGGUGAACUGUCACAUCUGGUGCACAGCGAGUUAACCUGGGAGCAGCAAAGAAGAUAUUUAAAAAGUUCAGCGUUCAGUUACGGUCAAUAACAGGAAGACCAGGUGUCCUCUCUAUGUGCUGUUGUUUUUCUCUUUUUUCCAUAUAUGUAGAUUGUUUAUCCGCAAUAAAUUAAUCACAGUGAUAUUAUUUUCUUUCAGGGGGUGGUGGAAAACGCAAAGGGAAGAGCAAAAAGUGGAAGGAAAUCCUAAAAUUCCCCCAUAUCAGCCAGUGUGAGGAGCUCAGACGGAACACAGGUGAGAAGCUUUCAGAGCUUGUAUGGGUAGACGGAACACAGGUGAGAAGCUGUCAGAGCUUGUAUGGGUAGACGGAACACAGGUGAGAAGCUGUCAGAGCUUGUAUGGGUAGACGGAACACAGGUGAGAAGCUGUCAGAGCUUGUAUGGGUAGACGGAACACAGUUGAGAAGCCGUCAGAGCUUGUAUGGGUAGACGGAACACAGGUGAGAAGCUUUCAGAGCUUGUAUGGGUAGACGGAACACAGGUGAGAAGCCGUCAGAGCUUGUAUGGGUAGACGGAACACAGGUGAGAAGCUGUCAGAGCUUGUAUGGGUAGACGGAACACAGGUGAGAAGCUGUCAGAGCUUGUAUGGGUAGACGGAACACAGGUGAGAAGCUGUCAGAGCUUGUAUGGGUAGACGGAACACAGGUGAGCAGCUGUCAGAGCUUGUAUGGGUAGACGGAACACAGGUGAGAAGCUGUCAGAGCUUGUAUGGGUAGACGGAACACAGGUGAGAAGCUGUCAGAGCUUGAGCUAUGGGUAGACGGAACACAGGUGAGAAGCUGUCAGAGCUUGCAUGGGUAGACGGAACACAGGUGAGAAGCUGUCAGAGCUUGCAUGGGUAGACGGAACACAGGUGAGAAGCUGUCAGAGCUUGCAUGGGUAGACGGAACACCGGUGAGAAGCUGUCAGAGCUUGUAUGGGUAGACGGAACACAGGUGAGAAGCUGUCAAAGCUUGUAUGGGUAGACGGAACACAGGUGAGAAGCUGUCAGAGCUUGUAUGGGUCUGCAUGCCUUCGAGUGACCGAUUAUUGUUUGAUGUAAUCUGGGGAUACAGCUAGUUACCGGGAAUAAAUCCUACCCCUGGCCAGCCCCUGUAAUGACUGUAGGUAUUCGGUAAAAAUAAAAAUCCAGCCCACUCCCUUAUCUACUAAACAGCUACUUUGGUGCUGACAGAUUUUGUUAGUUGUUUUUUUUAAAACACCUAAUCUAGGGAAAAUAUAAUGGGGGUUCAGUUACAUUAUAUGAUCAUACAUUGCAUAAACCUGCCACAACGUCAAUGUACCCCAUCUUUGGUAGGUCCUACUCUUACAACUGUCUACUAAAUGAGCUACUCACUUGGGGAAAUCCUUCCAUCUGGAGUUCUCUGCAGUACUAAAUAGGGCCCUGGGAUGAGGCACCUGUGACAGGGAGGGGUGCAAAACCAAGGAGUUGACUAGACCCCCAAAUAUAUAUAUAUAUAUGAAAAAACAAGGGGUUGGCUGCACUUAACUAAACAUGCCCAAAUGGGGUGCUGCUGUGGGCCAAAAUCUGUCAGCACCAAAGUACCUGUUUAGUAGAUAAGGGAGUGCGCUGGAUUUUCUUUUUACUGUACUUAUUGGCCCCCAGCAGCACCCUCUUUGGGCAUGUUUAUGUGAGUGCAGUCAACCCCUUGUUUUCCCAUGUAUAUGUAGGUAGUCAGUGUGAGAGUACUUACCGUGCUCAAGGGAUAACAAUACGCAGCACACAGUGAGUGAACCCCUGCCCUGCACGGCAGAUUACAAUUUUCCACAGCCCAUGGUGUUAGCGAGUAGACGCCUCCUAGCCAGGGCCGGACUGGGAUUGAAAACCAGCCCUGGAAAAAAAUUCUAUACUAUCCCCAUAAUGCAUCGCGCCAGCAUAGUGCGCAGACAUGAAAGCCAGGAAAAAAAAUGAAAACUGAAAAUUAUCACUCAAACGUGAAAGAAAGCACUCAUAGGGCUACAAAAUAAACAAAAGAGCGGAUUUGUUGUAAGCAGACGUGCAUUUGCAUAUAAUCAAUGUUUCAGUCCAACUACCUUGCCAUAUUAAGGAACAUUUCAUAAUUAGACUGAAAUUGUGAAUGUGUCUUAUUGCACAGCAGUAUAAAAAGACGGCUGACAACUGGAUGACCUCAGUCAACGCCAAUUCAAUUCCCAUAGGAAAGCAUUUGGAGGCUAUUGCACAUGUGUGGAAAAACGCUGCGCUUCACCGCACCAAUCAGCAUCUCCGCAUAGAGAUUGCAUCUCUAUGGGGAGCGUUCAGCCCCCCCCCCAUGUGUCCCAUUAGCCCCCUAUGUGUCUUAUUAGCCCUUCUUCCCAGCCCUCCAUGUGUCCCUAUACCCCCUCCCAGCCCUCCAUGCCUCCCAUUAGCCCCCUCCCAGCCCUGUAUGUCUUAUUAGCCCUCCCAUGUGUCUCAGCAGCAUCCCCACAUGUCCCAUGCGCCCCCCCCCAGGUGUCCUAUUAGCACCCAGCCUUCCAUUUGUCUUAUUAGCCCUCUCUUCCACCCUCCAUGUGUCCCACUAGCCCACCCUCCCAGCCCUUCAUGUGUACCUAUACCCCCUCCCAGCCCUCCCUGUGUCCCUAUACCCCCUUGUAGUCCUUCAUGUGUCCCUAUACCCCCUCCUAGCCCUCCAUGUCUCCCUAUAGCCCCCUCCCCAGCCCCCAUGUGUCUCUCUAGCCCCCCCCAGCUCCCAUGUGUCCCAUUAUAGCCCUCUCCCCAGCCCUCAUAUGUCCCCAUAGUCCCCCAGCCCCAUGUGACCUAUUAUAGCCCCUUCCCAGCCCCCAUGUGUCCCUCUAGCCCCCACAGCCACCAUGUGUCCCAUUAUAGCCCCCAUGUGUUCCAUUACAGCCCCCCCCCCCCACAAUCUCGCUGUAGGCCUGUACCUUGCGUGGCCAGGCAGGAAGACCGCGGUAGAGGAGUUUCUGUUCCCCUACACAGUCUGACAGGAAGCAGCCAUGUGCUCUCUGUGAGGACUUCCUGUCAGAACGGGUAGGGAACAAAAGCUCCUCUACCGCGGUCUGCCUACUCGGCCACGCUACAUUCUGUGACCGACAAGAGCGCAUCCCCUCCUGCCGGUUACUGUGUCAUUACGCUGUGCGACCCGCGGGCUAGUGCGCACUAGGUGGCCCGAUAGUAUGCCGGCCCACCGGGAAAUUUCCCUGUGGGCCAGUCCCACCCUGCUCCUAUCUAACCACAUCGUGGCAGUGUCUGGAUUUGGGAGAUGGUAUGCCAGCAGAGAUGCUCUAAAUUUAUUUAUUUUAUGGUUUUUAGUAUAUUUGUACGGCGCACCAUAAUAGCAAUGCAAAAAAAAUAAAAUAUGCUAAAAUACACCUGAACGAAACGGAAAAUAAUAAAAUACGCUAAAAUACACUUUUACUCAGAAUGCUUCAGCCAUAUACAUGCACCUUAGGACACUGUUUGAAAAUCGGUAAUUAGUAAUUAUCUGGUUUCUGUUCAAGGAGUGAAGCAGGGAAAACCAUAGAGACUAACUGUUGUUUUUCAGACACUGUCCAAACCAAGGUGUAUGUAUAUGGCUGACGGAUCCUGUUAUAUAAAGGUUGGUACGAGUUUUUAUUGUUUUUCUACAUAUACAUUUACAAAAAAAAAUCUAUUUCCUUCCUAAAUCCGAUGAAAGGAUUAUUAUAUGAAAAAUGGGUGACAGUUGAUUUUUAACCCCUUAACGCCGUUAAGGUGUUCUAUGCCGUCCCGCAUAGAGCUUUAAAGCUGUUGCGGCGGCAUAGAACGCCGUAACGGCUUUGAGCCCCUGGAGGUCCGGUGGACUUACCUCCGCUGCGAUCCUCUUCUGGAGGGCUGCCUGACAGCCCAGGCAGCUCUCCCCCGGCAAAUGUGGCCCCCUAUAGCUGGCUGUGGAUCUGCCAGCAGGGGGACUGUCUGGAAUGUCAGACAGUCCCCCUGCUGGUGGGAAAGUAAAAAAAAAAUUAUUAAACAUGUUUUAAAAUAAAAUAGAAAUGUAUAUGUAACGUCUGCUUUGCAAUGUAUAUGUAACGUCAUACAAAGUGUAUUUUAAUAUUAAUAUAAGUACAUAUAUAAGUAUUAAAAUACACUUAGAAUGAGGUUACAUAUAUAUAAGAUAAAUUUAUAUAUUAUAUAUAUAUAUAUAAUAGAUAUAUACACAUAUGUUAUAUAUAUAUAUACGUAUAAUUACAAUAAUAAAUAAACAAAAUAAAAUAAAUAAAAUAUUGAAACAAAAUGUAAUAUAAAUUAUAUAUUCAUAUGUAAUUUCAUUCUAACUGUAUUUUGUUAUUAAUAUAUAUAUAUAUAUAUCGGUAACAAAAUACACUUAGAAUGACAUUCGAUAUAUAUCUAUCUAUAUAUAAAAUACAAAUAACCGCAAAUAUAUAUAUAUAUAUAUAUAUAUAUAUAUAUAUAUAUAUAUAUAUAGAUAAAUACAUAUAAUUACAUAAAAGAUUACAUUAGUAUACACGUAGAAUUUAAAUACAUAUAAAUGCAUAUAUAUUAAAAUUCUACAUGUAUAUUUAAGUAAUCUUUUAACAUAAUUAUGUGAUUUGAUUAAUUAAAAUUUGAUUGACAUGUCUGACAACACAGGGAGAAAGUGCAGAGAAUUUAAUUCGCAAGCACUAUAUUUGACCCUGUAACUCUCCAAGACACCAUAAAACCCGUACAUAGGGGUUACUGUUUUACUCGGGAGACUUCGCUGAACUCAAAUAUUAAUGUUUCAAAUGAUAAAUUGUAUUACAACGAUGAUAUUUUAAGUAAAAGUGACGUUUUUUGCAUUUUUUACAAACAAACGGCACUUUUAUGGACUGUAUUAUUGUUGUAAUAUGUUUUACUUUUUAAAAACACUAAUAUUUGUGUUUAAUGAAGUCCCCCGAGAAUAACAGUACCCCCCAUGUACAAGUUUUAUGGUGUUUUGGAAAGUUAGAGAGUCACAUAUAAGGCUUGCAUUUAAUUUUUUUCACAUUGAAAUUUGCCAGAUUGGUUACGUUGCCUUUGAGACCGUAUGGUAGCCCAGGAAUGAGAAUUACCCCCAUGAUGGCAUACCAUUUGAAAAAGUAGACAACCCAAGGUAUUGCAAGUGGGAUAUGUCCAGUCUUUCUUAGUAGCCACAAACACUGGCCAAAUAUUAGUUUUUUGCUUUUUUCACACAAAAACAAAUAUGAACGCUAACUUUGGCCAGUGUUUGUUACUAAGUGGCUACUAAAAAAGACUAAACAUACCCCACUUUCAAUACAUUGGGUUGUCUACUUUUUCAAAUGGUAUGCCAUUAUGGGGGUAAUUCUCAUUCCUGGGCUACCACACCGUCUCAAAUGUAACAUCAAUUUGAAAAUGGAACGUUCUAUAUUUGACCCUGUAACUUUCCAAAACACCAUAAAACCUGUUAAUGGGGGGUACUGUUGUACUCGUGAGAUAUUGCUGAUUACAAAUAUGGGCAUUUUGUUUGCAGUAAAACCUAACAGUAUUAUGACAUUAACAGCUAAAAUGUCAGACGGAAAUACAAAUUUAAAAACAAAUCUUAUUUUCUCACAUUUUGUUUAAUUUUAUUCAUAAUAAAUUAUGUUCCAUAUAUGAAUAGUUAAUGAUAAAUUAAAGCCCUGUUUCUCCUGAACAAAAUGAUAUAUAAUAAGUGUGGGUGCACUCAAUGUGACAGCUGUGAAUUACGGUUGGACAGACAUGUAGCGCAAAUUCCAGUUUUUGUUUACAUUUUGUUUUGAUCACAAUGUGCACUAUUGACUCCGUCCUGAAGGAGUUAAUGUUACGGAUAUUUUUUCCACCAUAAAUAAACUCUUCUCGUAUUGAAAUAUUUAAAGGUUGCUGACGUGUGUGGAAUCACUGCUCUGGCAUGACAUCCUAUGCUGUAACCUACUCGAUUUACUAGGAUAAAGGUGACGGGAGACGAAGGACGUCUCAGCCAGUGUUACUGGUUUCUGGGAAUGUUAGAUACUGUAUCAAACAGAGCAUGCAUAAUACGCGAAAUGCAGCAAAUUACUGCCAGACAGUCUAUUGUUAAACCUGAAGAACAAAAAUAUAAAGAUUAUUAAAAGGAUUUCCCACACACCAUACACAUUCACACACUGCCCCCACACACACACACCAUACACAUUCACACACUGCCCACCCACACAUUGAACCUUUCACACACAUUGCACCACUGCUCCUAUACCCUACUACAGCCCCAUAUCCCAGCAGACUCCAGGUAAGUUGUCAAACUGUUCUUAAACGGCUUGACUACAUACUCUGGGAGGGGGUGCCGACGCUCCUGGCACCAUAACCACUACACAGAGGAGUAGUGGUUAUUGUGCAUGGAAUAUUUCUUUAAAUAAUCAAGUUCCCCUCCUGGGCUCAGGCUCUGGAUCCGCCACUAGUAUAUGAGAUGUAUAUUAAUGUGUGUAUUAGUUAUAUAUAUAUACCUAUUAUAUUUACACAUAUUAAUGUACAUUUAUAUAUGCAUAAUACACAGAGAAAUGUCAUUAAUCUGUACCAUAUGUAAUGAGCAGAUAUUGGCCCAGUCUUGUUGCUAGGUGCAUACUCCAGCACAAUAACAUAUUUAAAGUGAAGAGCACACCCACAGGACUUCAAAAUAAAUUUUUUUACAGUUGUGCCCUACAUACAUUCACCAUUUCAGUCCCAUUAACAAGCUUUCCUUAAUAUGUCAAGGUGGUUGGACUGAAACAUUGAUUACAUGCAAAGGCACGUCUGCUUAAAAUAAAUCUGCACUUUUGUUUAUUUUGAAGCCUAUGAGUGCGCUUUUUACGUUGAAGUACUUUUUAAUUUAAGUUAUCUGUUCUAACUCUGUAUCAGCACACUAUGCUGGCGUGACACAUUAUGGGGCUGGUAAAUAUUUUUUUUCCAGGGCUGCUUUUAAUUCCCAGUCCGGCCCUGGUAAUCUUUAUCCCUUCAAGCAAAGGGGAGAGGCCCUAAGCGGACAAGGGCACAUGUAGGAGUCUGGGGAUAGAUGCAUGGGAUUGGUUGGGAAAGAGUGUGCGGGUUCUAUAUGAGUUAGUGGGGGGGGUGGUCUUACCUCAGUGCCACUUGGGAUUCGGGCCAGCAAACAGCUUCCCUCCCGCCCGCCCUAUUGGUAUAUUUAGUCACAGCUAGCUGGGGGUAUGUCCUUGCCAAUUGAGUUUAAGGGGUUACGUUUAAGUAUAUGGAAUGAGAUGAACAAGUUUUUAAGGUCUCAACCUCACCUGCUUCAAACGGUUAACAUUAGGUUACCUGGGGUGUCGUGCCCAUCGAGCGUGGAUAAGGUCGGCUGAUGGCGGGCAUUGGAAAGAUAUGAUUUUAUGACGAGGGGGGAGGUGAGAGGAAGUGGUGAUUAGAAACCACUGUAUGUUUAUUGGCAAGGACGGUUGGGUCACUGUAUAACACUAUGGGUGGAGUUAUAUAUGUAUAUAUGUUAAUUUAUGAUUAUUUAUGUCUAACGUUUUGGUUACAGAAAGAAGAGAUUUAAUAAAUAAAGUUAUGGAUGUGUUAUGCAGUAAUUUAGUUUGUGAUAAUAAAUGCUGUGGCCUGUUUCAUCCAUACUAAGUGGUCUGUCAUUAUUGGGGGGUUGAAUGGGGUUAGUUUAUGUUCUAGGCUGCAUCGCGAUUCCCCACUACGUACAUACAAUCUGCAUCGCGAUUCCCCACUACGUACAUACAAUCUGCAUCGCGAUUCCCCACUACGUACAUACAAUCUGCAUCGCGAUUCCCCACUACGUACAUACAAUCUGCAUCGCGAUUCCCCACUACGUACAUACAAUCUGCAUCGCGAUUCCCCACUACGUACAUACAAUCUGCCAGCGAUUCCCACUACAUUACACAUACAAUCUGCGCCGAUUCCCACUACGUACAUACAAUCUGCAUGGCGAUUCCCCUCACGUACAUACAAUCUGCAUCAGCGAUUCCACUACAUUACGCCCACAAUCUGCAUGUGAUUCCCCACUACGUACAUACAAAGGCUGCAUCAGCGAUUCCCCACCUUUACAUACAAUCUGCAUCGCGAUUCCCCACCCCUACGUGCAUACAAUCUGCAUGCUUGAUUCCCCUCACGAUACAUACAAGGCGCAUCGCGAUUCCCCACGUACGCAUACAAUCUGCAUCGCGAUUCCCCACUACGUACAUACAUUCUGCAUCGCGAUUCCCCACUACGUACAUACAAUCUGCAUCGCGAUUCCCCACUACGUACAUACAAUCUGCAUCGCGAUUCCCCACUACGUACAUACAAGGCUGCAUCGCGAUUCCCCACUACGUACAUACAAUCUGCAUCGCGAUUCCCCACUACGUACAUACAAUCUGCAUCGCGAUUCCCCACUACGUACAUACAAUCUGCAUCGCGAUUCCCCACUACGUACAUACAAUCUGCAUCGCGAUUCCCCACUACGUACAUACAAUCUGCAUCGCGAUUCCCCACUACGUACAUACAAUCUGCAUCGCGAUUCCCCACUACGUACAUACAAUCUGCAUCGCGAUUCCCCACUACGUACAUACAAUCUGCAUCGCGAUUCCCCACUACGUACAUACAUGAUGUCAGUAGGUGGAUUGACUACAGAGAGAACGGGAAUGGAGGUACAUUUUAGCUAUAUUCUUUUAUUUCUCUAUUCUUUUCUUUUUUGGGGGGGGGCGUUGGUAACUGCUAUAGGAAUGGUUACUCUGACUAACAGAAAUGUGCUUUUAAAACACUGGUUUUUUUUGGUUGGAGUAACCAUUUGGGUUUAUUUACAUCCAAAUGUCUCAUUAGUUUCCCAGUAACAGAUUAAUGACAAUUCUACAUAAAAUAACUAGCUGAUUAUUUUGCACAAUUACUUUUAGUGUGUCUAAUUUUCAAUUUCUGAAUAUUUUAUUGAAUAUAAUAGUUCUUCAGAUUAUCAGGAUUUGAGGGGAAAAUCAUUUCAAAUUAUAUCCAUGUGAGCAAAUAAUUUUUUUUCCACGAUACAUAACAAUGGCAAUAAAUGCGUUCUCACGUCAUUAAAUUGAUUAGGUAGCAUUGAGUACAGUGAACGCAGGAAUCUGAAAGCUUUUUGACUGGAUUGAGUUACACGUUAACAUAUCUUCACAUUUCAUGGCACGUUGAUUAACAUUUCUUAUCUGUAAUGAAGUACCAUGUGCAGGUACCAGCUAAGGGGGAACGGGUAAUAAGGACUCAUACCCCAGCCUCUUACCUACGACAACCACCACAUAGCUGGGCUAUUUUAUGGUCUUCUACAGUGUAGUCAAGUUAUGGCCUCAUGCUGUGUCCGAUGGUAGUGGCAUGUAACCCUUUUUGCAAGAAAUUAAUAAUACGGAUUAUAAUAAUACUGAUUAUCAGUUUUUUAUUAAUGGUCUGUAUUAAUAAUAACAAUGUUAGUUUAUAAUAAUAAUUAUCAGUUUAUUGGUGCUUAUAAUAAUUGUAGGUUGAAUAAUAAUAAUCACUAUCUUGAGAAAGCCUGGUGCCACAGGCGAAACGCGUUGAAGCGUGAUUGGGCACUUGCUCUCAGAUGUGGAAGAAAAGCAGUCUGUUAACACUGUUCCUAAUUGCCAUUCUCCUCCCUGCACAGACACUUAUCACCUCAGAGAUCGGGCAGGAUUUUGCACUAACAGGUAGGGAUGUGCAUGAGGAAAAGUUUUGGUUCGGUUCGGCAUUCCGAAAUUCGGCACGGCACUUUGGAAUUUCGGCACUUGGACACUUUGGAACUUCAACACUUUGGAACUUUGCAACUUCGGCAUUUUGGAAUUUCGGGACUUCACAGGCAGCCGCUUAGUAGAUAACUCCCUAAUUCUCACAGUAUUAGGGAGUUAUCUACCAAAAGGCUGAAAGACCUAAAUUGGUCUUUCAGCCAUAUUUACUAAUACUAAGUAUACUAUUGUCCUCCCCCCGCCCCCACCCCUGAGCGGUGGGUGGGGGCCAUAAAUUAGAAUAAGGGUGGGGGACCUAUUGUCUUCCCCCCUGGCCCCCACCCCUGAGUGGUGGGAUUGGGCCAUAAAUACCAAUAAUGAGGGGGGACCUAUUGCCCCCACCCCUGAGCGGAGGUGGGGGGACCUAAAUUAGAAUAAGGGGGGACCUAUUGUCCUCCCCCCCCAGCCCCCACCUCUGAGCAGUGGUUGGGGUUCUAAGUUAGAAUAAGGGGGGGGGAACCAAUUUAGGUCUUUCAGCCUUUUAGUAGAUAGCUCCCUAAUACCGUGGGAAUUAGGGAAUUAUCUACUUAUUCAUUCCAUUGACUGGCCAAGUAACUUACAUUUUAUAUAUAGUCACAUAUAUAUAGUUACAUAGCUGAAAAGAGACAUGCGUCCAUCAAGUUCAGCCUACCUCACAUUUGUUUUUUGCUGUUGAUCCAAAAGAAGGCAAAAAAAACCAGUUUGAAGCACAAUUUUGCAACAAGCUAGGAAAAAAAAUCCUUCUUAACCCCAGAAUGGCAGUCAGAUUUAUCCUUGGAUCAAGCAGUUAUUACCCUACAUUGAAAGAUUAUAUCCUUGAAUAUUCUGUUUUUGCAAGUAUGCAUCUAGUAGCUGUUUGAACAUCUGUAUGGACUCUGAUAAAACCACUUCUUCAGGCAGAGAAUUCCACAUCCUGAUUGUUCUUACAGUAAAAAAACCUUUCCUUUGCCUUAGACGAAAUCUUCUUUCUUCCAGUCUAAACGCAUGGCCUUAUGUCCUAUGUAACGUCCGGUUUGUGAAUAGAUUUCCACACAAUGGUUUGUAUUGGCCCCGAAUAUAUUUGUAUAAUGUUAUCAUAUUCCCUCUCAGGCGACGUUUUUCUAAACUAAAUAGGUUUAAAUUUGUUAACCUUUCCUCAUAGCUGAUAUGUUCCAUUCCUUUUAUUAAUUUUGUAGCCUGCCUCUGCACUUUUUCUAGUGCCAUAAUAUCUUUCUUUAGAACAGGUGCCCAAAAUUGCACAGCAUAUUCAAUAUGGCUUCUUACCAGUGAUUUAUAAAGAGGCAAAAUGAUAUUCUCGUCCUGAGAAUGAAUGCCCUUUUUCAUGCAUGACAAUACCUUACUGGCCUUGGUCACUGCUGAUUGGCAUUGCACAUUGUUGCAUAGUUUGUUGUCUAUAACAAUUCCCAAGUCCUUUUCAUGUGUUGUUAUCUCUAAUUCGCUUCCAUUAAGGGUAUACGUUGCUUGUGUAUUCUUUAUUCCGAAGUGCAUAACUUUGCAUUUUUCAACAUUAAAUUUAAUCUGCCAUUUGAGUGCCCAGUCCCCAAGUCUAUCUAAAUCCUUCUGCAGCAAAGUAAUAUCUUGCUCACAUUGUAUUAUUUUACAAAGUUUUGUGUCUUCUGCAAACACUGAAACAUGACUUUCAAUGCUGUCUUCAUGAUCAUUUAUAAACAUGUUAAAUAGAAGGGGUCCCAGAACAGACCCCACUUGCCACCUCUGUCCAGCCUGAACAUUUACCAUUAAUGACAACUCUUUGUACUCUGUUUUUAAGCCAAUGUUCAACCCAAGAACAAGCAUUUUCAUCUAGACCGAUUUCCUUGAGUUUGAACACUAAUCUAUUGUGUGAAUCUAUUUAUAUGAAUGUGUGUUACUUGAUUGUUGUAAGUGUUGCAAAUGCUUACAGCUGAAUCCUGGCUAUGUUUGUAUACUUUUUAUUUAAACUUGUAUACAGUGUAACAUUCUUCAUUCUUCCACUGGGUAGGUAUGUUAGUACUUCGGCAAUACUGUGCUUCGGAACUUCGACACUUCGGAACUUAUCCGAAUGUCCGAAUUGCACGGAAUUCGUCCGAAUUGCACGGAAUUCGUCCGAAUUGACAUUUGGAACGAAACGAAUUGCACUUGUCUGCUAACAGGACUACGGACGGUAAACGGCUUCCAAUCCUCUGAUUCAUUUAUGCUUAUUUGUGGUAUCUUGCAGACGAGUACCACCACAUGCUAAUGUAAGGGUUUCAUUUGGGGGAGAGGGUAUCUUGUUUUUACUUCUAAUAAAUCGCAGUAUUACGCUAUGAAAUGCUCUUUUGUAUCUUUUUAAAGCACAACGCUCACUGUGUUACAGUGUAUCAAUAGAUGCUGGUUUAUAGCUGCAAGACAGGAUUAACCGUUUAAAGACUAUCACCCAACGCUCACUGUGUUACAGUGUAUCAAUAGAUGCUGGUUUAUAGCUGCGAGACAGGAUUAACCGUUUAAAGACUAUCACCCAAAGACUUUGUGGACCCUUUAGCAAGUUUUUAUGGUUAUUUGAAGUUACACUUAUUGUGGUUUAUAUGGUUUUAUGUAUUAAUCUGGAGCACACAUAUAUAAGUGUUUGGACAUCAUAUUGAUAUUGAUAACCUAAUUUAAAGGUGUUCAGACUAUAGCGCUGACACUCAAUUUGAGCUUUUAAGGAAACUUUAUUUGUGUAUAGCUGCUUAAUUUAUUUGUUAUUAUCGCUUUUUAAUUUGUUUUUAUUAUUUUUAAAUAGUUGCACUCUCCUGUUCUGUUAAUAUUGAAUAAUAAUAAUAAUUCAUAUUCAUAUCAGUUUAUUAAUCCUAUCAGUGGUUGUCAUUGUACUUAUGAUGAUAAUAAUAAUAAUCAGUUUUCCAAAUAAUUAGCAUCUGUAACGGAUCCCCUAUGCUCCGACUGAGUACAUCCGUUGUAAGUCUCCCAAGUGAAACAUUGAUCAGAGCCCUUGGUUACCCAAACAUCAGACUUGAUGAAGGGUAUAACAGGAAUAUAUUUUUAAUGGGACAUAGUACAGACAAGUUAUACACAGACCCCCUGCAGGGGGUCUCCAUACAAUUAGUUGGGUGGCUUUUUCCAAAAAGUGCAGGGCUCUAUAGGGCUCCCUACUCCAAGCUCCAAUUUGUGUAUUCAGGGUUUUUCUGGGAAGGGCAACGGUUCAAAUCCACUCUUGAGGCCCUAUGGUUGCUGGGGGGGAUGAAGCAACUAUGUGCUCCCUGGCUGGGUUAGUUGGGGAUCUGGACCGACCGCCCAGCAUCCCUGUGUUCCAGAUGUGGGGACCACGGUUCCAUCCACAUCUCCCUUGCCAAAAAUCUCCGGGACUUGAGGGCAGAGACCAGCGAUGCUCUGCCCAGAUGCUAGCUCUUUGCGGGGGUUGAACUUUGCUGCUGGAGAGGGGGACUGAUUGUCUCCGCUCCCGGUAACACAGUCUGCCACUGGGGAGUGAGACUGACUGUCCCUGUAACUCUGUCUUCCGCUGGGGAGAAAGGCCAACAACAACUACCUCGGCUAAUGGGCUGCUGCAAUGUUCCAUUCGCUGGAGUCCUCCACCCACAGUCUCUGACCUCACCUUGGCCAACUGAAGCUAUCCUCUCCUGGCUUGUAAAACAUUGGCCACUCGGGUUUCGAGUGCCCUGACAAUCUCCACCGAAACAUCAGGGCCAAAAAAGAACAGUCUUAAUCGCAUUCCACGAAGGAACUCCUCCUCGUAUGUGAACGCUGCCCAGGGGCUAGCUCGCUCCAUCUCCUGAGUUCAUCUUCAGACAGGGAUGCUGCUGGACUCUUCACUGCACUACCUGGUUUGUGAUAUCAAUGUAACGGAUGCCACCAAUGUAACAGAUCCCCUAUACUCCGACUGAGUACAUCCGUUGUAGUGAUCAGAGCCCUUGGUUACCCAAACAUCAACCAAGACUUGAUGAAGGGUACAACAGGAAUAUAUUUUUAAUGGGACAUGGUACUGCCAAGUUAUACACAGACCCUCAGCACGGGGGUCUCCAUACAAUUACACUCAAACUCCUCCCCUGUGCCUGGGAGAUAAUUGAGUCAGGAACAGUACAAACUCAAUUAUCUCACAGGUACAAAAAAAAAGCAUACAAUCUUAAAACACCUCAAAAGUACAUUUUCAAUUUCAAAAGGGGUUAUUGAUUAAAUCGAAAGUCGGAGCUUACAACCCAAGUUACACUUUGAAGCUGUGACUCUAACAGAGCUAUUUUGUAAGGUGUGAAAAGUCACACAUAAGUGGCCUGGAAGUCUGGGCUCUGUACAAACCAACUCUUACAUCUGCCAUAUGUCUUGCUUGCCUCUCAGAUAGGAAGUCCUUUGAUAUGCUAAUGAUCAUUAGCUUUCAAGAAGAAAAAAAAAGAAACCCUUGUGUUUCAAUAUCAUAUCCAAAAGAGACAUUUGCUUAAUCUAAUUAUUCCCCAGGCACUAGAGUUACAGAUCAUAAACUAUUAAAUAUACAUCCCACACAUAUAAGAACCCUAAAAACAAACCAUGGAAAUGUCUUGUGAAUAAAAGGCAAAGUAUACAUUUCGUCACAAAGUAUGUGGCCCAUAGUCAGUGGACAGGAGGCUAGCUUCCACUUUUGCUGAACAGACAACACCUUGUACCCUCCUACAGAGAGCUGAGGUGCAAACACAAAAAAAUUAGCCCACUCACACAGAGCUGGAGCUCUCCUAGAUUCUUAAUUAAAAAAACUGCCAAUGUCCGCAAAGAUAGCAUACAUACACAAGACACAAGCCGACAAAAUUAUGAACCCAGACCAUAUUGUCCAGGAAUUCUGUGAUGACUCCUUCACACAUGUUCCAACGCUACAGAUAAAUAGCUUCUUAGACUCAAAUUAUCUGCCCAGACUGCAGGGCUCAGGAAUGCACAACGUCACAAAACCUAUUGCACUUGACUCAACUACACAGACACAUCAAAGCUUUACCCCUGGCCAAGAGCCCAGGGCUUUAUGGCCUACAAGCCGCUUAUUACAAAACCUUCCAAAAUCAAUUGGGCUCCCACUUAGUAGACUUAUUUAAACAAAGAUUUCAAAUUGGACCCCCCCCUUAAGAAAUGCUUCUGGCCCAUAUAAUCACUUUGCCAAAGCCGGGCAAAAAAAACAACCAUUUGCUCAAACUUCAGACCGAUUUCCCUUUUGAAUACAGAUACAAAGCUAUAUGCCAAAGUCCUAUCGGGCAGACUUAGCUCUCUCCUACUGAAACGUAUUCAAAACAAUCAGUCAGGCUUCUUUAAAGGGCGUCAGGGGUUGGAUAAUUCCAGGCAUCUCUUGAAUGUGAUCCACCAUAUCAAUGAGGAAUCGAGCGAGGGCCUUCUCUUAGCACUGGAUGCAGAGAAGACCUUUGACAUUUUGAAUUGACAAUACAUGACGGAGGCGCUGGGAAGGUUCGGACUCCUGAAAUUAUUCAUAAUGGCAAUAAUGGCAUUAUACAGCUGCCCAAUGGCUAGCAUCUCCAACGCUGGUUUUAUAUCCCCUCUAUUUGAUAUAACCAAUGGGUCCAGGCAGGGUUGCCCAUUGUCCCCCCUUUUUUGACACCAUUGGCUCAGCUCCUUCUGAAAUCCCCAGAUAUAUAUGGGAUAUCGAUUGGAGAGCGGACCUAUAAAUUAUUGUUAGUCGCAGACAAUAUAGUUUUUACGAUCACCCACCCCGAAACAUCACUUCCAAAACUAAUGGAGCUGCAGACAUCCUUCGGCUCUGUCUCUUACUACAAAGUCAAUACCAGUAAGACUCAGGCAUUACAUAGGCUAUAGUGGACGAGACAUAGCCAGAUUCUCCAGAUGCACUGACCACUGCUACCUGAAACCACAGCCUGAUUUUUAUGGCUUCACUAUUUCUCAUAGAAUAUCACCAGCACCAUCAAUGCUAGGAUUAUUAUUGUUAGUAACUGUGUGAAAAGUGUACAGAAGGAUCAGCACUUAAAAACUUAAAUAGGGCUCCCUCACAGGCCCUAUAGGUAUAUAGGUAUAAGGAAGGAGAGAAAGGUGGCGCCACAGAGAUAAUAUAUAAAAUUAAAUAUAAGCAAGUAGUAAUAUAGAAAUAAACAAUGAUAUAUAAUACAGAGAGAGAUCAAUAAAAAUAAUAUAUAUAUAUAUAUAUAUAUAUAUAUAUAUAUAUAAACAGUUCAAAAAGAGCCCAGUAAAACCUUGGGAUGAUAGAACAGUCACAGUUCUAUCUGAGUUAGAGACAUCUAUGAAGUAGUGGGAUCCAUAUGAAAAAGAAAAGAAAAUCUAAUAGUGCAAUAAAACCCAAAUAGGUACCAGCCAACAAAAAAAGGUCUAUAUGGUCCUACUCAUGUUUUUGAGAGCUUAAAAUUAGCUCUUGUAUAAACAGUGUACAGUGGUAUAAUCCCCACUUAUGGGAUACAUGAUGGAAUGUUGUAAGUAGAUAUCCCGCGAGAUUCAGAUGGGGAACACAAAAAACAACAAUAGUGCUCACUGUGAUAAAACCAGAAGAGUGUAUAAAAAUACCAAAUUGUUACUCACAUUUAAUUGGGCAGACGCACUGCUCAAUGAUACGGCGUAAGUGAUAUAAUCCCCACCAAGGAUGCUUUGGAGUAGUAUCUCUCUGGAACACUACAGAUGCCAUGUAGUAAAAUAAUAAAAAACGGUAAAAAAAGAUAAAAUGGCUAACUCACAACAAAGAAAGUGGCCAAAUACCUUUAUUAAAAUACAGUUAGUUAAAAUUUCCACAAGAAGUCUCUCCCCUUAGGGCCUUCUCAAGUGGAUAAAAACAUUUACAUGACAACACUGGCUUUAUAUAGGCCUCGGAUUACUUAUAACUUUAUUAUAGAACAUGUAUCAUCCAUAUUAGGGAUGGCAAUAAAACUUGUAUCAGCCAUAUUAUGGAUGGCAAUAAAAAGAGUGAAAGGAGGGGAGCAGCCAUAUUGGGAGGGGAAGGGGAGACUAGAUAAAUCUAAUGGAAAAGGAGUGAGUGAUGGGGAGAGAGUAUAGUAAAUAACAGAUGAUAACAAUAAUAAACAACAAAAGGGACUAGAAAACUAGUUGGGUAAAGCAAUAAAGUACAUAAAGAAUAAACCACAAAACAUAUAUAUAAAUGAAUGAAAAAAACAAAUAUGUGACAAAUAGCAAGUGCAAACAUGGUUACUCAGACCAGGGUUUUGUAACAUACAUUUUAAAACAUGAUAGAAUAAGAUUAUUAAAAAAAAAAAAAUAUGAAGGGUUACAGUAAAUUGCAGAAAAGUAUGAUUACAAAUAAUGGAAAAUAAUAAAUAAAAUAAAAGAUAAAAACUGUAAAAAAAAACUAAAAUAAAAAUUACAGAAAAGAUUAUAAUCAACAUUUAACCUUCAGGGGCAAGGGGUUUUAAAAGGAAUACCCAGGACAUUUCACAUUUUCCAAGAAAUGUUCUAAAAUCACCACCCCUCCAUGGAAUCUUGCAUUUUUGGAUGCCAAUUCAUUUAAAAUAUUUUGGGUUUUUGUCAUGUUGGAUAAAGUGUUUUGAAACUGAGUGAUUAGGAUAGCUGUUAAUGAUAUUCCGACAUUCCAAAGUUCUGCCAUUUUGAGGCAUCUUGAAGUCAUCCCUACAUAUUGGAGGCCACAGGGGCACUCCAAUAGGUAGAUAAAAUUCUUAUUGUUACAGUAUAUGAGGUCUUUGAUAGGAUAAGUAAUAUUAGUAUUAUUGGAAGUAAAAUGUGUGGUUUUGGAUUUGAUGUGUGGAUCUGUUGUUCUGCCCUGCUCUGGUCCUAACGUCCCACCACCUGUUCCCUCCAUCCUAUUCCCUCGUAUCUCAUCCACACCUUGUCUCCCUCUCUUGCUCUUUGUGACGGUUAGAAUAGUUAUUCCCGUCUGGUAUUCCCUUAUUCCAUGAAAUAACCUCACCAGUAAUCCAAAGGUUCCAAUAUCGCUGGUGUCGCAGAAUAACCCACACAUGAGCCAAAGUUUAAUGCUGUGACAAGACUGGUUUAAUGGAAAAACAGGCAUCCAAUUUAUACAGUACAUGACUGCAAGUCAAUUUAUACAGUACUCUCAGCCAGCGAGAUAAUUGAGUUUUGGAAACAUACUGAACUCAAUUAUCUGCUGGCCAGAAAAAGUUUCCAUUUUCACAAUUUUUAGAAAUACCCCAAAAAUACAAAAACACAACAAAAGUAAUAUCCCUGGGUAGCUGAACUCUGUGGGAGAAACAUAUUAAAAUUUCAGCCAGAUCCGUUUGGUAGUUUUCGAAUGGCACCGUGUGGAAAGUUGACCGGUCUGCCACGAGGGUGAAGCCGAGAAACAGUUCCAGAAGAAUUGUGGCAAGAGUCGGUCUCCGUUCAUGUAGAUUCAUACGAAAACCGCAAUAGGUAAAAUAGAAAUGGUUAGUGUAGAAUGCUCCUUUCGUUCGUCUGUUUCAAACUCCCGAACGCCGUUCAUCUACUGUGCAGGGAAAUAGAACAUAGGAGACUUCCAUAUAGACCAGGGUUCGUACGAGUGCAUUGCCGAAAACAGUUCCAGGCACUCGACGACCAACUCCUGCUGGCCGUGGUCAGGAGACAAGAUGGCCGCCAUCCAUUGUUCUCACCACGUGCGAUCGUUUGCACGUAAUGGCGGCCACCUAGGAGCAUUCAGUUAGUCUGUGGUUUCCGUAUUGCUACACAGUGUUCCAAGUUCUAAUUAGUCCCACAGUGGUCUCUGUUCGGUAAAACAAAUGAUUUAACAAACGGCCAUAAAAUAAAAUGAAUAACUAAGGGAAGUAGAUAGAAGGGAGUGCAAAUCGCCGAACGGUGCUGGGAAUUCCUUCACACUCUUCCUCUCACUAAAAUUUUCGAUAUUCCCCUUUCCUCUGGCACAUUUCCCUCACCCUUCAAACAUGCAACCGUAACCCCGAUUUUAAAAAGGCCCAGCCUUGACCUUAAUUGCCAUUUGCCUCCAAGAUCCUCGAGAGAGUUGUGCACACCAGAUUGACUGACUUUCUCAAGUCCAACUCUCUGCUUGACCCCCUAUAGUCUGGAUUCGUGCUGGUCAUUCAAGUAUCCAACGAUUUAAAUGCUGCUAAAUCUCGCUGCUAUUACUCUAUCCAAAUUCUCCUUGAUCAUUCUGCUGCCUUUGACACUGUUGAUCAUCAACAGCUUCUUCGCAUUCUCCGUAAUUUUGGUCUACGGGAUACUGCUCUCUCCUGGUGUUCCUCCUACCUCUCCCAGCGCUCUUUCAGUGUUUCCUUCUCUGACUCUGCCUCUUCCCCCCCCAACCACUCUCUGUCAGCGUCCCCCACGGUUCUGUCCUUGGUCCCCUACUGUUCUCUAUCUAUACUGUCUCUCUUAGUAAACUCAUCAGCUCCUUUGGCUUCCGUUAUCAUUUCUAUGCGGAUGACACGCAAAUCUACCAGUCCUCUCCUGAUUUCUCUCCGCCCAUCUUGACUCAUGUCUCUGACUGCCUCUCUGAAAUUUCCACUGGCUGCUCACUUCCUUAAACUCAACCUGUCCAAAACAGAACUUCUGGUCUUUCCUCCCUCAAGUGUUGCUACUCCCGUGUCUGUCUCCCUCCAAGUCAAUGGUGCUACCAUCACCUCUACCUCACAGGCUCGCUAUGUGGGUGUUCUUUUUGACUCCAACCUCUCCUUCACCGCUCAUGUCCAAUCUAUUGCCAAAUCCUGUCACUUCCAUCUCAAAAACAUAGCGUGCACCCGCCCCUAUUUAACAACGGAUGUGGCUAAGGUGCUGGUCCAUGCUGUUGUUCUCUCUCGCCUUGACUACUGCAAUCCCCUUCUCAGUGGUCUUACGUGUUCCCAGAUUGCACCGCUGCAAUCUAUAAUGAAUGAGGCGGCGAGGCUCAUUUUCCUCCCACGCCUUCCCGCUCUGUCAGUCCCUGCAUUGGCUUCCAGUUAGAUAUAGGGCUCAAUUUAAAAUUCUGGUGCUUACUUACAAGUCCCUACAUAAUGCUGUUCCAACCUACCUAUCCUUCCUAAUACACAAGUAUGUCUCAUCAAGGUUCCUAUGCUCUGCCAAAGACCUACGUCUAUCCUCUGUCCAUACUCCCACCUCUGAUGCUCGCCUCCAAGAUUUCUCCAGGGCUGCACCUUUUCUGUGGAACUCCCUCCCUUCUCCGUAAGAAUUUCACCCAGGCAUCCAAUUUAUACAGUACAUGAGUGGAGACUCAUUGAAAACUAAUUUUUUCAAGAAAGCAUAUAUAUUAAACUGUUAGCAGGUUUGUAUCCCCCACCCCCAUGACUCUUCUCCUGCAACUGUCACAAAUUACCUACUAAGCCCUCAUUGAAUACUUUUCUAACAACCUACUUCGUACCCCUACUUUUUACCCUUUGUGUCACUAUACCCCACCCCCUCUAGCAUGUAAGCUCCUGUAAAAAUUACAUCGUUGAUAUCGGGUCUUUUAACAUGUUGUCAAGCUUUAUAAUAUGCCAGUGUUUAUUGAUGAUUUUCUUAAUAGUUUUACUUUUAUUGUUGAAAUUAAAAAUGACUGGCAUAAAAGGGGGGUCUUGGUUAUUUUUGAAUUGUAUUCUAGGAGAUCCUUUCUACUUUUUUUGUCUUACUAUCUCCAAUGUUUUAUUAAGCUUUGCUAAUGAGGAGUUUUUGUUUUUCUAUAAUUCUAUAAUUAAGUUAUAAAAAAAAAGUCAUGUGACCAUGACGUCAUUUUGGCACCAAAAUUAAGUAAUCCGAGGCCUAUAUAAAACCAUAAUAAAACCAUAAUAUCGCCUUUGAUGACACUGGGGGUUGAUGCUCAGGUGAAUAACAACCCCACUUCGAACAGGAAGCUGCGUCGGGCUCAGAAAAGGACGCCCAACGUAGUACAGUUGAGAUUGUCUCUUGAUGCCAGCAAGCUCAUACAAAGCCUAUAAUCACUCUCUGUAUUACUUCACGACACGUUUUAUUAUACUUGUUGAUUGAUACUCUGACCUGUGAAUGUUUUUUCCUAUACAUGCUCAGUUUUUUAGUUUUUUAGCCCUUCAUUGCCUUGUUUUCUAUGCCAUAGUACACCGUAAGGCUUUGUGCGUCGAUAUGUGGAAAAUAUGGCUUUAAUAGCAAUAACUGUAAUACAGACAGAUACAAAUAAUGAAGAAUAUGGCCAUUUAUGAAAUCCUUUUUGAAUAUAAAUAAUGUUUAAUAAGGAACAGAUUAAAAAUGUAUAUAUUUCUAAAUUAUCUCUGUUUUACAAAUGACUCAGUGGAGCCUUUGAUUUUUUCUGGAUUAAAAUAAAUAACAAUUUGCAUCAGAUAAUCUUAUGUCUUUGUUUUGGCAAAUUGUAUGGAAGCGAAAAACUGGUGCAAUUUUUAGGCUGAAAUAGUCGCGCUGCGCCUAUAGCCGAGGUGGAGAUUUUUUUUAAUUCAUUAUUCAGUUCAAUGUUAGUGAAUACAUUUUGCCCAGUGUUAAAUAGUGUUAUUUUUCUAUCACAGAUCAUUAUCAUCUUUCAGAUUAGGGAACAUCCAUUGUAGCUCUAGCAUUAGAGAAAGGGCCUCUUUUGCUUUACUUCUGUCCUAUAUAUAACCACAAUUGUUGGAGGUCAGAGGAGAUUGCAUAGUCUGCCUCACACUGUGUGCAUUAUCUGUGUAAGUAAAGGUCAUUAAUCGACAGGGCUGUCAGACUUCCCUCCAUUACAUUAAACACGCUGCAGGGCAGGAAUGAGCGGAUGACAGAUAUUCGGGAAUACCGCAGGUAUUUUCGGAUGAUGAGGGUGCAGCUGGGUAGCACAGCUACAAAUAUUUAUGUCUCAAAUAAGCUGUGGUUUUUUUGAUGACGUAACUCUCAAGUGCUCAACAUCUGCAAGGUUCCUCUCUCAGACCAUGGGCAGAGUAUUAGUUUUAAUGGAUUUAUAUAUGAAAAUGUUAAAAAGAGAAACUUCUUUUCCUGUUCUUUUAACCGUUUGAAAUAGGCAAAGAUAACAUUUGGAGAUAUAAUGUAAAGAUUUGUAAAUCAUAGUUACAUACCUAGUUACAUAGGCUGAAAAGAGCCCACUCGGGGCCGACCAUGCAGUGAGCACUGUUACAGCGCUCUAUGCAUGGUCCUAGUAUUCUGGCUAUAGCACAAGCUCGCCUGAUGAUGCUAUCGGUAUACUCUUUUUUGGGUUUAGUUCACUGGUGUCCCCAGAAAUAAGGCACAGGUAACUGAGAAGUUCCAUAGUUCCAUAGGCUUAAAAGAGACAUGCAUCCAUCAAGUUCAACCUUCCUCACAUUUGUUUUUUUCUGUUAAUCCAAAAGAGGGCAAAAAAAACUGUUUGACGCACUUCCAGUUUUGCAACAAACUAGAGAAAAAAUUCCUUCUAGACCCCAGAAUGGCAGUCAGAUUUAUCCUUGGGUCAAGAAGCUAUUACCCUACAUUGAAAGAUUAUAUCCUUGAAUAUUCUGUUUUUGCAAGUAUGCAUCUAGUUGCUGUUUGAACAUCUGUAUGGACUCUGAUAAAACCACUUCUUCAGGCAGAUAAUUCCACAUCCUUAUUGUUCUUACAGUAAAAAAAAACCUUUCCUUUGCCUUAGACGAAAUCUUAUUUCUUCCAGUCUAAACGCAUGACCUCGUGUCCUGUGUAAAGUCCAGUUUGUGAAUAGAUUUCCACACAAUGGUUUGUAUUGGCCCCCGGAUAUAUUUGUAUAAUGUUAUCAUAUCCCCUCUCAGGCGACGUUUUUCUAAACUAAAUAGGUUUAAAUUUGUUAACCUUUCCUCAUAGCUGAUAUGUUCCAUUCCUUUUAUUAAUUUUGUAGCCCGCCUCUGCACUUUUUCUAGUGCCAUAAUAUCCUUCUGUAGAAUAGGUGUCCAAAAUUGCACAGCAUAAUCAAUAUGUGGUCUUACCCAUUGGUGUAUUUAGCCCAAUGCAAACUAGGCAUUUGCCUUGGGCGGCUCUAACCAGGGGGUGGCAAAAAAUGCCGCCCUCGAACGUCCACUCCUGCUUCCCCAGUGUUCGCCCUGUCUGUGGAGUACAGUGGGGCUGCAGGGAGGCGUGUGGCUGUGUUAGAAUCAAUGGCAGCGAGGGAACUGUGAUCUCCUUUGCGCGCCAUUUACUGAUGCCGCGGGAGCCGGAAUAUGACAUCAAAUUCGGUCUCCCGGCUUCAGUAGACGGCCCGCGAGGCGUGAGUGAGCCGCUGAUUCUAACACAGCCCCACGCCUCCCAGCAGCCCCAUUGGACUGCAGGGACAGAUCCACGCCAGCUCUCCAGGUAGGGAUUAUACUUAUUAUUAUUAUCAUUAUUGUAAUAAUUAGUGAGUGUAUGUGUGUAUGAGUGUAUGUGUGUGUGUGUGUGUGUAUGAGUGUAUAUGUGUAUGUGUGAAUGAGUGUGUUUGUGUGUGUGUGUGUGUGCAUGAGUGUGUUUGUGUGUGUGUAGGAGUAUAUAUGAGUGUAUGUGUGUGUCUGUAUGUGUAUGUGAGUGUUUGUCAAAUCAGUGAGAGUCUGCCAUUGAGUGUUUGUGUGUGACUAUCAGUGUGUCUGUCAAUGAGUGUCUGUCAGUGUUUUUGUGUCUGUCAGUGUGUGUGUGUGUGUGUGUGUGUGUGUGAGUGAGUGUGUAUCAGUGAAUGUGUGUGUCAAAUCAGUGAGUCUGUGUCUGUCAGUGACAUCUGUGUGUUUGUCAUUGAGUGUGUGUGUGUGUGUGUGAUUGUCCGUGUGUAUCAGCCAGUGUGUGUCUGUCAGUGUGUCUGCUUAAAGGGUGUGCACUAUAGGCACCCAGACAACUUCAGCUCAUUGAAGUAGUCUGGAUGCAGUGUCCCAGUUCCCUUAACCCUGCAAGCAUAAUCAUUACAGUUUCUCAGUGUACCGUUCACUAGGGAACCCUAACAUGCAGACAGGACAGAGUAGAGAGAAUUGCAAUACCGAUCCUUAGAAUGGUCGGGUUAUGCAAAAAGGGAUAGUCAAAACACGAGCCGAGGUCAAGGGAAACAGAGAGACGGAAUAACGAGAGACAAAGCCAAAUAUCGGUAACCAGGAAAUCCAAAUAACAAAUGCAACGCUCAGUGGUAAACCAAAGACCACAACAGGGCACUGAAGCAAGGGAGAGGUUAGCUUAUAUACCCACAGGGUGUGUCUGAUUGGCUAAUCUCCAAUUAAUGGCUAAUCUCCAACACAUGGGAGGGGUUUCAUCACUGUGUGCCGGGUCACAUGACCGGGUGCAGCACACAUAUAAGGAAGCUGCUCUGCAGCGUGCAGCGCCAGUCUGGAGGCAGGGACCAGAUGAUGCCGCUCGCUGUGAUGAGGUAAGCAAGGUCGCCGCGAGCGGCGUGGGGGCAGGGGACCUGACACUCAGAAACUGCAAUAAUUACCUUAAGGGGUUAACUCUACCUCUAGUCUACCAGAGGGACUUCCGGGUGGUUAGGUGACCAAAAGUCGCCUAACUGAUGCUGGACGUCCUCACGCUGUGCAUGAGGACAUCCUGCGUCUGCUGAAUCCCCAUAGGAAAGAAUUGAUACAAAAUGCUUUCCUAUGGGGAAACCUAAUGCAAGCGCGGAGGAGGAGCCUGACCCAUCACUGAGGGACACCAGCGCUGGAUUCAGGUAAGUGACUUAGUGGGUUUUAACCCCUUCAGUGCUGAGUGGGUGGCGGUGGGGGCACGAGGGGGGGGGGCACUAUAGGGAACUGUUUUCCUGGCACUCUAGUAUGCCUUUAAAAGGAGUAGGAAAAGGUGGAGUGUAAAGAGGAAGGGGCGGGUUCUUAAUCAGGAGGAGGUGUGGCCUUGACAGGAAGGGGUGGGGCAAAUUUAGAUUAGGUGGGUGCCCAGGUUUAGUCAUGCCUAGGGCAGAACGAAACCAAAAUACACCACUGGUCUUACCAGCCAUUUAUAAAGAGGCAAAAUUAUAUUUUCAUCCCGAGAAUUUAUGCCCCUAUUUAUACAUGACAAAACCUUACUGGCCUUAGCAACUGCAGAUUGACAUUGCAUAUUGCUGCCUUAUUUGUUGUGUAUAACAAUUCCCAAUUCCUUCUCGUGUGUGGUUAUCCCUAAUUCACUACCAUUUAGGGUGUAAGUUGCUUGUGCAUUCUUAACCCCGAAGUGCAUAACUUUGCAUUUCUCUACGUUAAAUUUCAUCUGCCAUUUUAGUGCCCAGUCUCCCAAUCUAUCCAAAUCUCUCUGCAGCAAAGCAAUAUCCUGCUCACAUUUUAUUACUUUACAGAGUUUUGUGUCAUCUGCAAACACUGAUACAUGGCUUUCAAUGCCUAUUUCAAGAUCAUUUAUAAAUAUGUUAAAUAGAAGCGCUCCCAAAACAGAACCCUGAGGGACACCAGUUACCACUUUUGUCCAGCCUGAAAAUUUUCCAUUAAUGACAACUCGUUGUACUUUAUUUUUAAGUCAACGAACAAGAAUUUUCAUCCAUAACUCUGCCUGCUCUGUGCAUGGUUCCCAUGAUACUCAGUUUCCUGAGGGUUUAGCUUAGACCGUCAAUGGUUGGGGUGCCCUGGUUACAGUACGUCACAGACACCCUUAGAUCUCUCUGAGUGUCACAGAAUAUGUAAACAUUGUUACUGUAGUAAUGUUGUGUCGCUAACUGGUUAUUAUGUUUAUUUAUUUUUUGGUCACUCUGUCCUAUAGAGAAAGAUUAUUACAACCUCUGUGAGAAGCAGCCAGUUGGAAGACUUCUUUUCCGCCAGUUCUGUGAAUCACAGCCGGAACUCGAAUGCCUCAUUCACUUCCUUGAUGCUGUGGUAAGAUUAAGCAGGUUUUAGCUUGUUUGUUCCUUUACAAAAUGAACAAUUCCAAGAGAAUUUCAUCUCGGAUCCCCCAUAAGGGCAAGUGUCUGAAGCAUGCAGACUGUUAUAGGCCUUGUCAGGAUUAACUUUUACCGUUAAACGUCUCUACUUGGUCGGAGGUAAGAAUGAAAUGGAUAGUAACAUCACUCUAUUAAAACUGAGUGACUGACACAUAAAACAGAUAGAUUUAUUAAGCAGUAAAGAUAAUCUCCUGUAUAAAUAUCCUUGCCAGAGCUACAUUUCAAGCCUGUAAAUACACCCGGAUUUUCUUCAUGUUAUCGGUGUAUUUGCUUCUAGCAUUGUUUGUUGUGAUAGAUAAAUCCUACCUAUGUAGUCAUUGUCUAAGUACUAGACAUGUGCACCAGUGAAAUUUUCAAUUCGUACUAAAUAAAAAUUUCAUUCGUCUAUUCCGUAUUUCGUCCGUAAAACAUUAGUUUUUCAGGUGGAAUUCAGGAAAAAAUAAUUGUUUUUCACCAAUUAGGACAAAAAUAACACUGCGCAUGCGCAAAAAAGCAAGGAGUUUGCCAGCAGUGCUAUCACCUCCCUCCUUGUAAUAAUAUUAACAAUUCCUACCCCCUCCCUGCAUUAAAACCUAUGGGUGUCGCUAUGACCCCCAUAUUGAUAAAAGGGAGGCUAAAUCCUCCCGCAUGCCCCUACUCACGACAUGCCAGUGGCUGCUCACUGUCAUUUAAAACUAGAUGGAAGUCAGUAUCUUACAUAGAAGUGAUAGAGCGCUACGGUAAGAGUACGUGUAACCAAUAGUUAUAGCAAAAACAAUAACAAUGUUGCAAUAUGAAAAAAUGGCUAAAAUACUUUUUAUUAGCUAAAAUACUGUCAUAGUGCACCCCUCGUACCCUUACCCGUGACCCGCGGGUGGGGACAAUUAAUAUAAGCAGAGGAAUAGUGUCCCUCCCAGGCCCCCACCCAUGACCCUUGGGUGGGUCCUUAAUUAAAUAAAUAAUGUCCCACCCUUUUGGCCAUUUUUGGGGCUGAAGAAAGAAAAGAAAAGAAGAAAGAAGACAUCUAAUGGUAAUUAUGACAUUUUAUUUUACAGGGUGUUAGUUUAUUGCCCCCCCCCCUACUAAUAUUAGGAAGAGGGGGGGUAGGUCAGGUAUUUUUCAAUGGGGCAGAGUGACUAGGGGCUUAGGGACCCCUUGUCAUUUUAUUAUUAGUGAUCCCCACCCGCCACUUAUGGGUGGGGAACUGGGGGGGACAUUAGGUCCCCCCUUUAAUGAAUUAUGAUCCCCAUCCACCGCUUGUGACAAUAGGUCCCCUCCCUAUUGAUACUUAGGGCCCCCACUCGACGCUCAUGGGUGGGGGCUGGAGGGGGAGAGACAAUAGGUCCCCCCAAUUGAUACUUAGGGUCCCCACCAGCUGCUCAUGAAUGGGGGAUGAAGGUGUGCUAGGUCCCCCUUUAUUUGAUUCAGGGAGUGGGGGGCUUUUUUUUUUUUUUAACUGUCAGCAGCCACCUGUUUAGUAGACAUGCCCCUACUUGCAGCAUAGCGAGUAGGGGCAUUCAGGAGAUUUUAAUUUCACUUAUGCUAAUAUGGGGGUCUUAUUGACCCUCAUAGAAUUAUGGGGGGGGGGGCAUGGGGGGAGUUAGCAGGUGGCGGGGAGCACUGCUUCCUGACGCUUCUAUUUUCACAUAUUACAAGAAGGGAGCCGAGAGCCGGUAGCUCCCUCCUUGUAAUAAACUAAAUGAACUGAAACGAAAAGGUAACGCAUUCGGCAUUUGCCCUUUUGUUUCGUAUAUAAUUCGUAUGUAGGACUUUCGUUUAUGUUAUAGCAAACGAAAAUGAAGUCAGAAAAUUCUGGCGAAAUCGUAUUCGUCCUAAAACGAAUGCACGUGUCUAAUAAGUACAAUAGCAAGAAUCAAGAAAAAUUAACCCUGAAUGUUCCAGGUCUGAACACUGAAUGUUCCAAGUGUAUAACUCCCCUGCUUGCUGGGAUUAUGUUACACAUUAAGGUUUUGGGGCACUUGAAAACUAGCAAAACCCAAGUGUAUUCCCCCAAUAAAGUAGGUAAUUAAACCAAUUCUGUCUUCAGAAUUCAGAAGAUACAGCUCUAACUAUAUCUCAAUAUAAAAAUAAAAUACAGAUGAUACAAUUCUAUUUACUGAAUGUAGGAAGAUAUUUGAUUGAAUUAAACUGGACAGAGCCAUCUCUGUACAAGAGACUGUGUAAUAAUGAAUGGAAGGUCUUAAGAGUUAUCCAAAAUGAUACAAGUGGUUUGAGUGGAACUCUAACCUUAACCUGACACUUGGCAAUCAAGGGGGAAGGAUCAAAGGUUAAUGCAGUUAUAAACAUCUAGCAAAGACCUUAUUGGUGGGAGAGGGGAAAGAGAAAGGAGACUUUCACCUAUUUGCCCUUUCCACCUCCAAUACUUCUGUUUCUAUUUUGCCCUCAGUUAUCAUCUAUUUCUUUUUUCAAUUUUUUUUCUCCUCUUUCCCUUGGAUUCUAUAUGAACAAGCUAAAUUUACUGUCAGGAAAGAGGAGGUGUUUGUGCUGAAACUUUAAACAGUCUUCCUUUUUUCCUUUUUUAGGUUUUUGAUACAUUUUUGGUAAUUCAGUGUAAAGGUUAGACUUAGUUUUAACAAGACACCCCUACUAAUUCCAUGUAUCGAGACAUUUCAGAUCCUACAGGAUAAUCCUGACACCACACACGUUUACGGACUAAAAACUGUCUGGGUGUUAUGGAAAAGAGCCUUUACAAACAUCUGGAGUGCCAAGCCUGGCCACCAUUUAUGAAGGAGACUCUGGUGCUUCCUGGUGGACUCGUGAUAGACGCAUAUUUUUUUAUUAAACUACUUCUAUUAAGUGUUAAAGUUGAGGCUUAUCCUGUACAUAGCAGACACAGAAUAGAGAUCAUAUUAAAUUAAUGUUUGAAACUAGAUUUCCUGUUAAUCGUCCCUUCUCUAGCUUAAUGUGCAUUUCAAAACUUUAAAUACCAUGCUGCUAUUUUCAAAGUUGUCUGUUUUAAUUAUUUAUUUUUAUUUUUUCCCUGUUUCUGUUCUGUUUACACAUCCUCCUUCACAUUCCUCCCCUGCUCCCUUCUUAAUAUUCCAUCCCCACUUCCUUCACAAUAUUCCAUCCCCACUUCCUUCUCAAUAUUCUAUCCCCACUUCCUUCACAAUAUUCCUUCCCCACUUCCUUCUCAAUAUUCUAUCCCCUCUUCCUUCUCAUUAUUCCAUCCUCGCUUCUUUCUCAAUAUUCCUUCCCCACUUCCUUCUCAAUAUUCUAUCCCCACUUCCUUCUCAUUAUUCCAUCCUCGCUUCUUUCUCAAUAUUCCUUCCCCGCUUCCUUCUUAAUAUUCUAUCCCCACUUCCUUCUCAUUAUUCCAUCCUCGCUUCCUUCUCAAUAUUCCUUCCCCACUUCAUUCUCAAUAUUCCAUUCCCACUUCCUUCACAUUAUUCCAUCCUCGCUUCCUUCUCAAUAUUCCAUACUCGCUUCCUUCUCAAUAUUCCAUCUUCACUUCCUUCUCAUUAUUCCAUCCUCGCUUCUUCCUCAAUAUUCUAUCCCUGCUUUUUUCUUGAUAUUCCUUUCCCUCUUUCUUCUCAUUAUUCCAUCCUCGCUUCCUUCUCAAUAUUCCUUCCCCACUUCCUUCUCAAUAUUGCAUCCCUGCUUCUUUUUCAAAAUUCCAUUCCCACUUUUCUCAAUAUGCCAUCCCCAUUCUUUCUCAAUAUUCCAUCCUUACUUCCUUCUGAAUAUUCCAUCCUUACUUCCUUCUCAAUAUUCCAUCCCCGCUUCCUUCUCAAUAUUCCAUCCUUACUUCCUUCUGAAUAUUCCAUCCUUACUUCCUUCUCAAUAUUCCAACCCCGCUUCUUUCUUGAUAUUCCAUCCCCACUUUCUUCUCAAUAUUCCAUCCCCGCUUCCUUCUCAAUAUUCCAUCCCCACUUCCUUCUCAAUAUUCCUUCCCCACUUCCUUCUCAAUAUUGCAUCCCUGCUUCUUUUUCAAAAUUCCAUUCCCACUUUUCUCAAUAUUCCAUCCCCACUUCUUUCUCAAUAUUCCAUCCUUACUUCUAUCUCAAUAUUCCAUCCUUACUUCCUUCUCAAUAUUCCAUCCUUACUUCCUUCUCAAUAUUCCAUCCUUACCGCUUCCUUCUCAAUAUUCCAUCCCCGCUUCCUUCUCAAUAUUCCAUCCCCACUUCCUUCUCAAUAUUCCAUCCAUGCUUUUUUCUUGAUAUUUCUUACCCGUUUCCUUCUCAUUGUUCCAUCCACACUUCUUUCUCGAUAUUCCUGUAAUUCGUUUGACCCCAUCCUCCCCAUGGCCCUAUAUUCUUCACCUCCCCAGACAGAGUAUGAGGUCACCCCGGAUGAAAAACUAGGAGAGAAGGGAAAGGAGAUAUUACUCAAAUACCUCACCCCAGAGGUGAGUAAGAAGGUCAGGAGAAGGUGGAUGGGACUUUUUGGGAAGAUGUUUCAUAAUUCUGCAAAUACAUAAGAGGGGACUUAUCUUAGUCUUAUCCUGCCAGUUUAUAAUUUAUAUAUUUGUGUAAUCAAAUGCUUAUGAACUGCCCUAAAUACAGUUGUUAGACCUGGCUCAGCCCUUGGAUUCAACGGUCUUGGGUGCUUGAAACCUUGGGCUCUGUGGUUGAGGCUUGUUGAUUCUUUGAGGUUAGCCAUCAUAGAGCCCUUAGACUAGAUAGUUGAGCAUGUAUAAACCCUUGGACACAGUCACUGAGCGUGGUUGAACUCCUGCACGCAGCAGCUUGGGUUUAAAUCCAUGGAUUCAGAGGUUGAGCUCAGUAUUUGAGCCUGGUUAAACCUAUGAAGGCUGAACAAGCUUGAACGUUUGCACUUAGUGGCUGAGCAUGUUAAGAUUCUUUUUUACUGUGGUCUUUGCAUAGUUUAAACUGAAGCCUAUGGAUAGUUCCAGGACAGAACUAGAACUUGUUGGUACUAAGCUUCGACCAACCAAGUUCAACCUUAAAUCAAAUGAUCAAAUAGUUUCUUACAAUUGUAUUUGCUUAGUUGGUGCCUAUAGAAGAUGGAUUUAAUAGUGCGAUCUCAGUGCUUCCAGCAUACAUUCACUCCCCACCCCUUUACACACAAUGUUUAUCUAUGUAGGGGUGUCUGAAUGCUGGAACAAAUGUGUCCUUGCUCAAAGUCUUUGCUCCUGAAGCAUCAUGGGGAUUUAAUAAAGAAACCUGAUGUGAUGGACUACAGGUGUAACAUCUUUAAUCUGUAUUCUGGCAGAGCCUCUUGGCCACAAUAGACUAUGUUAAGUCCCCAUUCCCUGCUGAACUACAUGGUAACUAAACCUUCUGAGUGACAUAUAUGCUAACAAACCCUCAGAACUAGUUUUUUAUAAUUCUGAUUGGAUUUUAGUUACCCUGUUUAUUUGUGCAAACUCGCUUCUGGAAUAUGAACCAAAUCAAUUCAGAAGAAUUGAAAUCAUUUUCCAUGCAAAAGUCUUGUAGGGGUUAUGUUGGCUUGUCAACCAAAUAACAAUCUUGGCUUUUUUGGGCUCAAAAUUGGUAGUUUUGUUGUCAGUUUCCCACAGUCUGUUAUUUAGCGAACAAAGAACUUAGAGUCGUGUUGUUUUAUUCCCACUGUGUUUGACUGUCUUUCUAUUGCCUUAGUCCCCAGUUUAUGUGUCUGAAGUAGGUCUGGACAUUGUCCAUCAGAUGGAGGAGAAACUGGAGAUCAGCCCAUUCAAAGAUCUGUUUUUUCACUGUGCAAAGUAAGUGUCUUUUAAUGUUGAUCUAAUGGUAACUGUCAUUUUCAUGACACAGACACACGCUCAGUCAUAUAUUUAAACACACAGACACACUCAGUCAUAUACUUAAAGGGACACUAUAGUCACCUGAACAACUUCAGCUUAAUGAGGUUGUUCAGGUGAGAACUAUAGCUCCCUGCAGUCUCUCUCAUGUAAACACUAUUUUCUGCGAAAAUACAGUGUUUACAUUGAAAGCUAGGAACACCUCCAGUUGCAGUCACUCAGAGGGAACCAGAGGGACUUCGGAGUUGAUGGAGGCAUAAUAUGCCUCCAUCCACUCAGAUCUGCUGUCAGCAGAGCACAGGGCAGCACUGUGCACAACAUCCUGUGAUUCAGUAUCUCCUCCCUCUGCAUGUAGAUACUGAACUUUCCUCAUAGAGAUUCAUUGAUUCAAUUCAUCUCUAUGAGGAGAUGCUGAUUGGCCAGGGCUGUGUUUGAAUCAUGCUGGGUCUGCCCCCGAUCUGCCUCUUUGUCAGUCUCAGCCAAUCCUAUGGGGAAGCAUUGUGAUUGGAUCAGGCUACCACUUCUAAUGAUGUCAGCAGACUGCUUGUUUUUCUGAGUCAAACAGCAUGCAGAGUUACAGCUUCAGGCUUGAAUACAGUAAGAUUUUUUACUAUAUUUAUGGAGGCAUGAGGGGCCCAGGGGGGGCUAUAUGGUGGUUUUAACACUGUAGGGUCAGGAAUACAUGUUUGUGUUCCUGACCCUUUAGUGAUCCUUUAAAUAUAUGACUGAGCGUGUGUCUGUGUGUUUAAGUAUAUGACUGAGUGUGUCUGUGAAUUUAAAGGACCACUAUAGGCACCCAGACCACUUCAGCUCAAUGAAGUGGCCUGGGUGCCAGGCCCACCUAGUUUUAACCCUGCGGCUGAAAACGAAGCAGUUUCAGAAAACCUGCCAUGUUUACACUGCAGGGUUAAUCCAGCCUCAAGUGGCUGUCUCCCUGACAGCCACUAGAGGCCGCUUCUGCAAUUUACACUGAGUAAAUCGUACUUAUCUGAUGCUGGAUGUCCUCACGGAGUUCAGGAUCAAAUAAGAUUUCCAUAGGAAAGCACUGAGUAAUGCUUUCCUGUGGGCGGGUUUGAAUGCGUGCGCGCGCCACUAGCCACGCAUGUGCAUUCGGCUACAUUCGGGAGAUGGCGUCGGUGGGGGAGGAGAGGUCACCAGCGCAGAGGGAGCCCAACGCUGGAUUAAAGUAAGUGGCUGAAGGAGUUUGACCCCUUCAGCGCCGAGGGAGGGGGGCCCCGAGGGAGGAGGGCACAACAAGAGCCUAAAGUGCCAGGAAAACGGUUCGUUUUCCUGGCACUAUAGGAUCCCUUUAAACACACAGACACACUCAAGCAAAUACUUAAACACACAGACACACUCAAGCAAAUACUUAAACACACAGACACACACAGUCAUAUACUUUAACACACAGACACACACAGUCAUAUACUUAAACACACAGUCACACACAGUCAUAUACUUAAACACACAGACACACACUUUCAUAUACUUAAACACACAGACACACACAGUAAUAUACUUAAACACACAGACACACACUUUCAUAUACUUAAACACACAGACACACACAGUCAUAUACAGGCACACUCACAGCCAUGCAAAUCAACACACAAACUCGCUCACAGACACAAAAUUUAAAACACAUACUCCCAACAACAUAAUAAACAGACCACUCAGUGACUGUACUAAAUAACGUCAUAUUCUGCAAACCUUGUUCAGAGCUAUAAAAUGCAUCUCCUUCUCUCUGUGAGAUAGAUCUGUUUACGACUUCCUGAGUGGGGACCCUUUUCACAGCUACUUGGAGAGCAUGUACUAUGACCGAUUCCUCCAGUGGAAGUGGCUCGAAAGGUGAGAAAUUGUUACCACAUCCUGUGUAAAUGUGGGAAGGAACAUUGCCAAUCUACCGUGUGGUUUAACAUUGGACAUGGUGAGAUUGGCAAUGGUGCAUGGUGGGCACAUCUUCCUUAAGGUCUGGCGUUCAUGCCUCUGAGCGAACUUUUUCGAUAUGACAGAAAAAUCAAACAGUAUUUUUAGGUGUCUGCAUUUAAAAGCAAUUAUUUAUCAUGUAUAGGGUGAAAAAUGUGUUCAUUAAAAGAGCCUGUCUACUCUCUGGAAAUUAUCUCAUUGAAUAAAACAUUGGGAAAUCAGAAUCUUCUAUAACUUGUGUUAGGAAUUUUCUAUACUGUAAGGAAUAAAAAGUUGUAUUCCUUAUACUAUAGUUCCUUUUAGCCCCCACUCCCUCACACCCCUAACCCAGCACUGCAAGGGUUAAAAACCAUUUAGUCACUUACCCGAUUCCAGUGUCCCUCCCUUGGCACUGGGUCGGCACUCUGCCUCUUCUAACGACACCUGAAGGGGUGGCUUAUGCACAGGCUCUACGAGCGCAUUAGACCCUCCCGACAGGAAAGCAUUGCUUCAAUGCUUUCCUAUGAGGAAUUACCAACGCUGGAUGUCUUUAUGCAGACUGUGAGGACAUCCAGUGUCAAUUAGGUGACCAAAAGUCGCUUAACCACAAGGACUGCCUCUACUAUGUGUCUGAUUGACAGUCACUAGAGGCCGUCUUAGUCCUGCAAUGUAAUUAUUGCAGUUUCUCAAAAACCUAAUUGAUUUACAUUGCAGGACUUAGUGUGGAACAGGGACACUGCACCCAGACCACUUCAAUGACAUAAAGGGGUCUAGGUGCCUAAAGUGUGCUUUUAACAUUUUUUUUUUUCUUGUGGUGGUCUGUUUUACUUCAAAUUUAUUUUAAAGAUUUAGCUAAUGGCAUCACAAUCCAGUUCAGUCCUGGCAGAACCAGGGCACAUAUUGCAUUAGAAAGGAUUCAUCAAAGUGGAGUAAUUACCAGGAAAGGUUAAAAGAUCUUAGCAUGUAUAGCUUGGAGGAAAGACGAGACGGGGGAUAUGAUAGAAACAUUUAAAUAUAUAAAGGGAAUCAACACAGUAAAGGAGGAGACUAUAUUUAAAAGAAGAAAAACUACCACAAAAAGAGGACAUAGUCUUAAAUUAGAGGGACAAAGGUUUAAAAAUAAUAUCAGGAAGUAUUACUUUACUGAGAGGGUAGUGGAUGCAUGGAAUAGCCUUCCAGCUGAAGUGGUAGAGGUUAACACAGUAAAGGAGUUUAAGCAUGCGUGGGAUAGGCAUAAGGCUAUCCUAACUAUAAGAUAAGGCCAGGGACUAAUGAAAGUAUUUAGAAAAUUGGGCAGACUAGAUGGGCCGAAUGGUUCUUAUCUGCCGUCACAUUCUAUGUUUCUAAUUACUAAUGGAAUGUGACUGGUGAUUAUAUUGGUUUCCAUGGUGACUGCUCCCCUGUUGUUUCUAUGUUCCCUUUUUUCUGUAUUAUGUAUCUAUGCUGGCUUCUGGGUGCAGUGGGUGGAGCUUAUAACAAUGAUUGACAGUGAGUGAAUUACUACAUUUAAUUUUAUUUUUCAGACCUCACACAUACAUAGGCCUUAAUUUUAUAUAUUUGGAUAUGCUUUUAAAGUGGAGAUGAUGAGGAUUUGGGAAUUUGUGAAAUAUAAUUUAAUAUGUUGAUAUUUUUGAUAUAUUAAUACAUUUUUACAUACAAUAUAUAUUUUAUUCUUUUAAUUUUUUUAAAAUAUAUUUUUGAAAGUUAAUCCAAAUAUAUUAAAUGGAAGCCAUAGUUGUUAAAUCUAGUGGAUAAGUAAACGUAGUACUAAAACCUUUAACCUGGCGUCAUGGACAACACUGGCAGUCAAACGGUUUCUGCAGGCUCAUUACAAUGUGGCAAUAAGUCAAUUGUUAUUUUAUUUUAAUGUCUACGUUUUGUUUCGAUUUUUUAAACCUUGACUUAUUCCAUUAUGCAGUCUUGAUCACAAGUCACUGCUCAGUGUUCAGAACCCUUAAAGAUAUUCUAAAUAAUGUCAUUAAAUAUCUGUAUGUCAUACUAGAGGCUCCUUGUGGACAUACGUAGUAUUGCUAGUAAUGAAUCCAGGAGCUCUUAUUAUCAGCUAUGUUAGAUCUAUAACAUGAUUUUAUUUCUGAAAAAUAAAAGUUUCUAGUAAUUUUUGGGAGCCCAGGCUGAGCACCCCUCAUUGCUGAAUAAUGAACCACGAGAAUUAUCUUAUCUUCCAGGCAGCCAGUAACAAAGAACACCUUCCGUCAGUACCGGGUUUUGGGGAAGGGAGGCUUCGGUGAGGUGAGUUUGUGGACAUGGCCAAUGCCAAGAGAAAGAUCAACUCAUUUUUUUUUGUAUCAGGCUUGGAGGAUCUGAUUAAUCUGUUUAAAUGGUGUUAUUCAGUUAUGGUCUGUAUUUUAUGGAAAUAAAGAUUUAGCUUUACUCUACAUCAUUUUCGAGUUUAAUACCCCCAUUCCAUGGCAGUUCUUCUCCAGCCUGUUUGACAGGUUUAUUUAAUGUAUAAUGGGAAAGGAACAUUCCCAAUGCCUUCUCCCUAAACUCAGCAGAGUUUGUCUUUAAGCUGGUGUGCUUUUCCUCAAGGACAUACUAUACUGCCCAAAUAAAAAAAAUCACUGUUUAGCAUAAAUACCGCCAUUGAAAACAUGCAUGCAUUUAAUUGUGUAUUUUUUCAUUGGAGUUAUAUCUAAAACAUCUUUCAAAAUCGGCAAAUAUCUUGUCUGCUGCCUUGGCAAGCCCUCCCCUUCUAACCCCGCCCAUACUUUCUGUGGCUGUCCAAUCACAGACUUCCCAAUGCAGCUCAAUGAGAAGUCUUUGCAAGGCAGGUGUCCAACUGACAGCCAUAGGGAUGUAACAAGGAUAAUUUAUAAAUGUGAAGACAAAGUUGACAAACUCUUUGAAGUGCUUUAUGUGUUCGGAGGGUCCCUUUAAGCACUAGGGUAACAUUGAAUGUAUUUCAGCCCUGUAUACAUUUACAGAAUGCAUAAGGGAAUUGUAAGUUCAAAGACAAAACAUCCAAACUUGGAAAAACAACUGAAUUUAGGACAUUUUUAGUUUGGAUGUUUUGGAAAACAUUUUAGCUUUCCAAUUCCCAGACUGCAUAACGAGAAGCAGUAUUAAUAGUAAUAAUCGUAGUAAGGGACAAACGGAUUCAUAGACUGAUUUUGGCAGCAUUACAAGGUUGACGUCGGUACAUGAAGAAUUAAAAUUAAAUUGGAAAAGGGUUUAUAUCUAACUUUAAUUCAAUCUUCUAUUUAUCUAAUUCAGUUAGUCACUGAUCUUACAGUCUAAAUACUACAGUGGCUAAAACAGGGUGGGAGUUAUGUAGUUAGCUUUAAAUUUGCCUGUGAGUUCAAGAUUUCUGGGAUUGCCCCCUAAGUUUCAUUUCAUGUGUUUAUUAAGCCCUUAAGGACACAUGACAUGUGUGACAUGUCAUGAUUCCCUUUUAUUCCAGAAGUUUGGUCCUUAAGGGGUUAAAGGGACACUAUAGUCACCAAACAAGUUUAGCUUAAUGAAGCAGUUUUGGUGUAUGGAUCAUGUCUCUGCAGUCUCACUGUUCAAUCCUCUGCCAUUUAGGAGUUCAAUCACUUGAGUUUAUACAGCCAUAGUCACACCUCUUUGCAUGCAACUUGCACAGCCUUCCUAAAUACUCCCUGUAAAGUGAGAUCUAAUGUUUAUAUUUCCUGGAUUGCAAAUAAUGUUUAAUUUAGAAUGUAUUAUCUCCUGCAUUGUUAAUAGCUUGCUAGACCUUGCAGAAGCCUCCUGUGUGUGUAACAUCUGAUUGAAAAUUAUACCAUUUUGUUUUCAUGAAGGCUGUGUCAGUCACAGCCAGGGAACGCAUGGCUAGGGCUGCAUAAACAGAAACAAGAGUGACCUAGCUACUAAAUGGCAGAGAACUGAGCAGUGAAACUUCAGAGGCAUGAUCUAUAUACAAACUAGUUGAUCCAACACGUAGAACUGUAUCACACCUAGGACUAAAAGGUAAAGUCUUACCGGGCCUUAGAAUGGCUGGACUUAACGUACCAGAGAAUGGUCAGUAAACUUGCCGAGGUCGGGGACACAGAAGGAGACAACGAUGAGGGAAAGCCAAAAGUCAGGGAUACCAGAAUACGCUAAUGUCAAUAACCAGAAAUAAAUGCUCAGGAACGCUCUCUCGGACUACCACUAAGGGAAACCACGACAGGGCAAUGAGGAGAAGUAAAAAUGUGUUUAAAUAAGCCUCUUACAGAUCUGAUGGGGCAAAAUCGGCACAUGCGCGGCAGUAGGAUUUCCCCAUAGGAAAGCAUUAUUUAAUGCUUUUCAAUGGGGAUUCCGGUGACGAUGGAAGUCCUCAUGCAGAGCGUGAGGACGUCCAGUGUCAUUUAGGCGGGAACUCACUUUAGUGGGUGUCUGGUAUACAGCCACUAGAGGGUGAGUUAACCCUAGCAGGUAAUUGUUACAGUUUAUAAAAAAAGUGUUUCUUUAAUGUCUGUCUGGGGAAUGGGCAGAGACUGGCCAUAGAUGUGCAAAUUCCAUUCACAGCUAUAUAGUGCUAAAAAAAGAACCCCAAGAUUCUAGCAUUUUAAUUAAACCCCAAAUUCUAACAUUGAACUUGUUCAGUGUUCAGAUGCAUAUUCCUGUUUUAUGAAAUUAAAAAGAAAUUUAAACAAACGUUUAUUGGAUACCAGUGUUCAAGAACAGCUGCUUUGUGAAAUUAUCUUAACUAACUAAGAAUGGCAGCCUGCAAUACACAUGUUACAAGGUUUACACUAAGUGCCAUCCCUGAGUGUGAAACUGUGUUAGUAUAGUGCUUAGCUUGUGCAGAGCUAUAAUAUUAAUUCUCCAUAUAUUGACACCUAGACUGUCGCUAAUGUGUUUCCCAAAUAAUAGAAUCAAGCAUCGUUAUCUGUUUAACAUUUUCUUUGUAAACGAACUUGUUUUAUGUCAACGUGUCCUGUUGUUAUAUUUGCAUGGUGGGUAAUACUCACUAGGGAAUUAUUGUAAACCUAGUGUUAAAACACCAUUUCUCUAGGAUUUACAUGAGAUGUGUCUUUUUUUAUUCAUAUGGAGCACAAUGUUACUGUCAGAGUUAUUUACUAAAAUAAAAAUUCUAGUGAAUUUCAAAUUUAAGGCCAGGGUAGCUAAACUGACAACAUAACUUUUUCAGUUUUGGCUAUUUUCACUGCAAAUUUGAAGUUCACCUUGAAUUCCCAUUUUUGUGAAUAACCUUGGAAGCUACACAGAUUCACAUGUAACACAAUGUUGCUAAAUACUUGCCAGAUAUAAAGCAUGGGAUGUAUCUUGGCAAUAAAUACUGUGGGGAGCUUAGGAGAUAGCAGGGACUGACGCAUUUUACAGUAGCUGAUCAGCCUCUCUAUCACAGAAUGCAGACUGUUCCUCAAUGUGGUGUGCAGGGCAAACUGAUGACCCAGGUAAUAACCAGGAGUGUGUGAUUUGCAGGUGUGUGCCUGUCAGGUCCGAGCUACUGGCAAGAUGUACGCCUGCAAGAGGCUGGAGAAAAAGAGGAUUAAAAAGAGAAAAGGAGAGUCCAUGGCACUGAAUGAGAAGCAGAUACUCGAGAAAGUUACCAGCAGAUUUGUGGUAAGAUGACACGGCAUUGUGCAUUAACCCCGUCCUCUUGGGUAAACUCUAACAGCAGAAUGCGUUGGUCAUUGCCAGUACUCAUUGAUUUUGUUAAUUGUGAGUAGAGAGGAUAGUGGGCAGACUUACUAAAUGAAGAGAGAAAGACUCGCUAAAGUUAAAAUAUUUAACUUUAUUUAGAAAACCAUGACAGGAAAGAAUAAAUUGCAUAGACAUUAUAAAAUAUUUAGACUAAUAAUUCAUAUCUGAGAAAGGACAAAAAAAGUUUUUUAAAUAAAAAGUGAGGGAUAGUAAGAAAAUACAUAAAAUAAUUAUUUUGAUAUCAUUAUUAUUAUUUAUGAUUAAUACCUUCUCUAGUAUUGAGAGCUUCCAAGCAGUUCAAUCUGUUUUUUGUUAUUAUUAUUAUUAUGAUUUAUAAAGUUCCGCACCGCUGUACAAUACAGAGAAGGGUAGGAGUGGAAGCUCUCUAACUCAAAAUACCUUAGUAUAUAUUCCUCUGUGUUCUAAACUAGAUAAGAAAUUGUUAUUAUUUUGUUGUUGUUGUUUGAGUGAGCAGCAUUUCUGUGCUGUAGUAAGAUAGAUAUAUUUCAUAUAUGGAUACUAUUCAGGUGAAGUUUAUAUUGUAAUUAUAGUUUACUAUUUACUCUAGGUAAACCUGGCCUAUGCGUACGAGACAAAGGAUGCGCUGUGCUUAGUGUUAACCUUAAUGAACGGGGGAGAUCUCAAAUUCCAUAUAUACAACAUGGGAAAUCCUGGCUUUCAGGAGGAGAGGGCAAUCUUCUAUGCUGCGGAGAUACUGUGUGGGUUGGGUGACCUUCAUCGAGAGAGCAUUGUAUACCGGUGAGACUGUGGACCAUGUGUCUGUAUCUGCCAUACUACGUGAUAGAUUUGCCGAUAAUUAAAUGAGAAUUGCAACUUGAAACCGUUUUAACAUUUAGUCAGAGUUGUCUCGGAGUUGCUGCCUUCAUUGUUAGUUUUCUGUCUGAGUGCCAGGCUAAUAGACAUUAUCAAGCUCACACUGCAUUUGGCUUUAUUCAUUAAAGAGAUUUUAAAGUAAAUUUAACAUUUUAGGACAGCUGAAUUGGAAACCAAGCUAACUUUUUGGUCUGUUAUUGUGCCUUAAAUGUUGAAUUCCCUUUGGAUUCCAGAUAACUGAUAUUUAAUGAAUGUUCCUGCAUAGUGUUUACAUACAGCCUUGUGAUACAGAAUAUCUCAGCAUUCGUAAAGCACGGCUUCAAGUUAAACACCACUGAUGUCAUCUCAGUCCAUUUAAAAUAACGCCAGGCAGAAGUGAACCCACAGAGAAACCAGUAACGCUAGUAUAUAGCCUUAGCUAUCCAGCUGUUGCUGAACUAUAUUUCUGAAUGUAAAUUGCAUUUGUGAUAGAAGAUACUAAUAUACAACAUGGAUUCGAUGACGCAUUAGAUUCAAGUACAUACGGCCAGUUAGAUAUGAUGGGCAUACAAUGCAAAUUUAACGCAUUGUUCAAUGGAAAGAAUGCUACAUUUUUCUCUUUUCUUUUAUUUAGAGACCUAAAGCCAGAGAACAUUUUGUUAGAUGAUUAUGGUGAGUAUCCAGUAAUACCUAUAGAGGCAGUGUACAUGUACGCAAAAUAAAUCACAUGGAUCCAGACUCCUAGUCCAGAUAAAUAUUAGCAAUGCUUGUAUUCUUUAUGUUCAACAUUUGUCACCAUAACACAAAACAUCCUUCUGGUCCCUAAGUGGUUAAUAGAAUUCUAGAUAAUUCACACACUGUUUGGAAGAUAUCAUUGAAUCUGCAUGGUCUUCGCUCUUUCAAUUCAAUGUUCAUUUUCAGUUUGGAUGGUGAUAAUCCAUAACAUUCUGAGUGACGUACCUUAGAUUUCUGAUAGGAUAGGAUUUGUUAAGAUCAGUUGGAGUCACCAGACCCCAAAAUGUGUGUGUGUUAUUUUUAAACAAGCUCAGAAUGUCCGUACUGAACGGAAAAAUCAAAGAAUUCGUAAUUGUGAGUUUUUCUCAAGAAAACAUUGUAUUUGGUCAGAGUAACCCUUCCUAUACUAUGAAAGAAAAACCAAAAAUGAAGAAAAAAGCUGAAACUCACCUCUGCCCUGGUGCCGUUUUUCCUGCGUCCUGAUCCUCCUCAGCUGAUAAAACUCGAUGUCAGAGAGGGUGGCACGGGGGGCGGGGAGGGACUCUGUGCAUGCUGGCAUCUGGUGGAAAAUUUGCACAGAAUUCACAUUUGCCAUCAUAGAACUCUUGAUCCAGACUGACUAAUGACUCUUCAAAUACGUGGCUGGAGGUGGAAUUACAUCUCGGGAAAAAGACUAAUUAAACCCUGUGUAUGUAGCAUUCUAGCAAAACGCUGCACAUGUAGACUCCAGGCACCAUGACCACUUCAAAUCAAAGGAGACAUUGGUUUUAUAUGAUAAAGAACGCUUAAUGUGACCUUCAUUUUAUCGCCUUAUGAUAUUAUCUUCUACUGCAUCCAAACUCGCAACGCUUCCUGAGUUCACCGCACACAACGCUUUGACAAGAAAAUACAGAAAGAAUUACGAAAGCUAACAAGAGACAGGGUGCGGGAAGAAACACAGACACAAGGCCCCAUGCAGUAUAUAUUAACAUAGCAAACUGACACUGAUAUAUGUACCGUGUGCUCUGGCUCCAGCGGCCUGGAUUAAUGCUUGUUACCCUUCAUCCUGUCCCACACCCUGUGUGUUUAUAAAGGGCGAACAUAUUCCAUAAAGCAGUACAUCUGUAGGCAAUUAUAGUCACCCUCAUUCUGAUUGGAGCUACUUCACAAUCACUGUGUCAAGGGAAGAGACGUCUACAGAAAACCCUCCAUGUGGAGCAAAAGCCAUUAUCUAAAAGGGUAGGGUUCUGCUGACACCCAUGAUUAAGGGGCUCUGUAUUCCGAGCUCAUUUCAGAUCCAUCCCGUAUUAUCAUUUCCAGUAGUGAGGCCCCAGGGGUGGCAAAACUGUGGCCCCCAGCCUUUCUUUUAUUUCUAUUCUGAGGCUUUAUCUGACAUGAUCCAUCCAAACACUGCUGAGAAACAGAAUAUUUCCACUAUGAAAAAGCCAUUUAUCUGCCGCAGAGCAUUGUUCAGUGUCAGGAAGUUUAAAUAGCAGCAUGUUUAGUGCAUCACUCGCUGAGUUACACAAAGUUCAUGUCGUGCCAGGGAGAGGGGUGCUGGGAUUUACUUGGGCACCUGAGGGCCGCAGCUGGACAAGGCAGGGGACCAUAAAGUAAAGAAGAAAGGAAUUUGUCAUUCCUGUUCUGGGUCUGAGAGGCAAUAAUUUUGAAAAUAUUGUCAGUUACUUUCUAAACAUUUAAACAUACCUGUUAAUUCCGAGCAGUUUGCGGUUAUAUUUACUGAGUAAUUCUUUUCUAAGUUUGCUGUGUUGCCGUGUGUCCAUCCCAGGUCAUAUAAGGAUAUCAGACUUGGGUCUCGCUGUGAAAAUCCCAGAGGGCGAGACAAUCCGAGGACGUGUUGGGACAGUUGGUUAUAUGGGUGAGUCUGAGUCUUUACAGUGAAUCUGUGUUGGAAAAGGAUCUGAGUGCAUUUUUUAUGAAAUUGUGGGGAAUUGCAAUUUUAGGUCAAAGUACUCAAAUUGGAAACAUUCAACAACUCUUUUUUGAAGUUUGGUAUUUUUCUUUUAAAAUUGCCAGUUCUCUUGACUUUUCCCCAAAAUUGCUGGAUUAAUGAAUAAAAUGAAUGUUUCCUCUCCACUAAAUCCUGGAAUAAUUCAGGUUGUUGGUGGAUGGAAAUUCAUUCCGAAAUGUGCUCGGUAAGCAGGCAUCUGAUGUCAGCUGACCUGGGACUAAACAAGGCUGCCAGAGCACGUUUCUACUGUCAGAAAUCUGAAUCUUGUUCCAGUUAUUAAAUAACAGAGUUUGGAAUCAGCGAGGUGGCGCAGUAUGUACAUAUCACUAAUGGAACAGCAAAGGUGUCAGUGUACAAUACAAUGACAGUACGUCCAUUAAUGGGACGCCAUGGCAGAUCUACGGCUUCUAUUACUUUUGUCAAAAUCUGGUUUUAAAAUGUUAUAUUUAUUAUUAACAGAGAUUUUUCAGUGUGACUAUUUUUCCCUGAUUUAUUAAUAUUGUCUCUCGGUUCACAUCGGUGCAUUUUGAAUAACACCUUAUUGUCAGACGCUGUAUUUCCAUUUGUGUGGUUACAGUUAAACCUUAUUUACCCAGCAGAAUACAAACUUAAAGGAACACUAGAUAUAUAUCUAUAUCUCCAAAGAGGUAGCAGCACUCACGGAAUAUAAAAGUUCUAGUCUUUAUUAAUUCAUUUAAAAAAAAUAUCACGAUCAACGUUUCAGUCGACUAAACGGGACUUUCCUCAGGAUCAAUACUGGGAUCCUGAGGAAAGUCCCGUUUAGUGGACUGAAACGUUGAUUGUGAUAUUUUUUUUAAAUGAAUUCAUAAAGACUAGAACUUUUAUAUUCCGUGAGUGCUGCUACCUCUUUGGAUACCUGGAUAACCAAGCCCUGGCUUAGCACCCGGCACACAAGGCAUAUUAUAGAACUUUUCCCUUUUUCUAUAUAUAUAUAUAUAUAACAUUUUAGACUAUUUACAAAGCUGUAUUUACAACACUAGAGUGUCCCUUUGACCUCCCUCUCCACUGCACUCAGAAGGUUACAAAACCCUUUCUUUAACUCUCUUGAUGUCCUUAAUUCUGGCUCCUUCUCCGAUUCCUCUGAUCUCAUUGCAAAGGGAACCAAGUGCACAUGUGCACACAUUAGGCCUUUCCUAUAGGAAUGCAUUGAAUCAAUACUUUCCUAUGGGGAUUUAGAGGGUGCUAGGUGUCAUCUUGUAAAGCGUGUGGACGUCCAGCUUAGUUUCACGGAGAUAAACUCAGAAGCAGUCUUAGCUUUGCAAUGAAAACAUUGUAGUCUUGGAGAAAGUGCAAUAUUUUACAUUACAGGAAAAUGGGGAGAGGGACACUGCAGCAAGACCAGUUUAAUAAGAUGAAAUUAUAGCGAUUGCAAAACAAUAUCUCCUUAGUCUCUUUAAGUAAUGAAUAGUAAAUCAUUCAUUUUACUAUGCCAGAUCCAAAGAGUUUGUAAUAAUUAUGUUUAAUGGUGUGGGGCCUCUGAUGAGCCACAUUGGUUAUGGAUUUUUGUUAAUUUGUGUAUUGGGAAUUCUACCCUUGAUUGGGCUCUAUAACAAUAUGACUCCUUUCCAGCUCCAGAGGUCCUCAAUAACCAGCGAUAUACCUUCAGUCCUGACUACUGGGGACUGGGGUGUCUGAUUUACGAGAUGAUCGCUGGCCAGUCGCCCUUUAGGGGGCGGAAAGAGAAGGUGAAGAGGGAGGAAGUGGACCGGAGAGUUUUGGAGACAGAGGAAGUUUAUACUACAAAAUUUUCUGAAGAAGCAAAAUCAGUGUGUAAAUUGGUGAGUUAUUAUCUGGUCUCCCCUUGUAUAGUAUAUUACCCGUCACACAAUGCAUGUUACAGACUGAUCGCAUUAUCUGGUCUCUUCCUGUAUAGUAUAUACCCGUCGCACAAUGCAUGUUACAGACUGAUCGCAUUAUCUGGUCUCUUCCUGUAUAGUAUAUUACCCGUCACACAAUGCAUGUUACAGACUGAUCGUAUUAUCUGGUCUCCCCUUGUAUAGUAUAUUACCCGUCACACAAUGCAUGUUACAGACUGAUCGCAUUAUCUGGUCUCUUCCUGUAUAGUAUAUACCCGUCGCACAAUGCAUGUUACAGACUGAUCGCAUUAUCUGGUCUCUUCCUGUAUAGUAUAUACCCGUCGCACAAUGCAUGUUACAGACUGAUCGCAUUAUCUGGUCUCUUCCUGUAUAGUAUAUAUCCGUCACACAAUGCAUGUUACAGACUGAUCGCAUUAUCUGGUCUCUUCCUGUAUAGUAUAUAUCCGUCACACAAUGCAUGUUACAGACUGAUCGCAUUAUCUGGUCUCUUCCUGUAUAGUAUAUAUCCGUCACACAAUGCAUGUUACAGACUGAUCGUAUUAUCUGGUCUCUUCCUGUAUAGUAUAUAUCCGUCACACAAUGCACGUUACAGACUGAUCGUAUUAUCUGGUCUCUUCCUGUAUAGUAUAUUACCCGUCACACAAUGCAUGUUACAGACUGAUCGCAUUAUCUGGUCUCUUCCUGUAUAGUAUAUAUCCGUCACACAAUGCAUGUUACAGACUGAUUGUAUUAUCCGUCACACAAUGCAUGUUACAGACUGAUCGUAUUAUCCGUCACACAAUGCAUGUUACAGACUGAUCGCAUUAUCUGGUCUCUUCCUGUAUAGUAUAUAUCCGUCACACAAUGCAUGUUACAGACUGAUCGCAUUAUCUGGUCUCUUCCUGUAUAGUAAAUAUCCGUCACACAAUGCAUGUUACAGACUGAUCGUAUUAUCAUAUUUGAAUUGAAAAUUACUCUGGAAUUAGGGGAAUCACAUGCUAUAAUGGUCUCUUCCUGUAUAGUAUAUAUCCGGCACACAAUACAUGUUACAGACUGAUCGCAUUAUCUGGUCUCUUCCUGUAUAGUAUAUAUCCGUCACACAAUGCAUGUUACAGACUGAUCGUAUUAUCCGUCACACAAUGCAUGUUACAGACUGAUCGUAUUAUCUGGUCUCUUCCUGUAUAGUAUAUACCCGUCGCACAAUGCAUGUUACAGACUGAUCGCAUUAUCUGGUCUCUUCCUGUAUAGUAUAUAUCCUUUGCACAAUGCAUGUUACAGACUGAUCGUAUUAUCUGGUCUCUUCCUGUAUAGUAUAUAUCCUUCGCACAAUGCAUGUUACAGACUGAUCGUAUUAUCUGGUCUCUUCCUGUAUAGUAUAUAUCCGUCACACAAUGCAUGUUACAGACUGAUCGCAUUAUCUGGUCUCUUCCUGUAUGGUAUAUAUCCGUCACACAAUGCAUGUUACAGACUGAUCGCAUUAUCUGGUCUCUUCCUGUAUAUAUAUACCCGUCACACAAUGCAUGUUACAGACUGAUCGCAUUAUCUGGUCUCUUCCUGUAUAGUAUAUACCCGUCACACAAUGCAUGUUACAGACUGAUCGCAUUAUCUGGUCUCUUCCUGUAUAGUAUAUCCGUCACACAAUGCAUUUACAGACUGAUCGUAUUAUCUGGUCUCCCUUGUAUGUAUAUCCGUAUGCAUUUACAGACUGAUCAUUAUCUGGUCUCUUCCUGUAUGGUAUAUAUCCGUCACACAAUGCAUGUUGCAGACUGAUCGCAUUAUCUGGUCUCUUCCUGUAUAGUAUAUUAUCACACAAUGCGUGUACAGACUGAUCAUUAUCUGGUCUCUUCCUGUAUAGUAUAUAUCAUCAUGUUACAGACUGAUCGCAUUAUCUGGUCUCUUCCUGUAUAGUAUACGCACAAUGCAUGUUACAGACUGAUCGCAUUAUCUGGUCUCUUCCUGUAUAGUAUAUAUCCGUCACACAAUGCAUGUUACAGACUGAUCGUAUUAUCUGGUCUCUUCCUGUAUAGUAUAUAUCCGUCACACAAUGCACGUUACAGACUGAUCGUAUUAUCAUAUUUGAAUUGAAAAUUACUCUGGAAUUAGGGGAAUCACAUGCUAUAAUGGUCUCUUCCUGUAGAGUAUAUAUCCGUCACACAAUGCAUGUUACAGACUGAUCGUAUUAUCCGUCACACAAUGCAUGUUACAGACUGAUCGUAUUAUCUGGUCUCUUCCUGUAUAGUAUAUUACCCGUCACACGAUGCAUGUUACAGACUGAUCGCAUUAUCUGGUCUCUUCCUGUAUAGUAUAUAUCCGUCACACAAUGCAUGUUACAGACUGAUCGCAUUAUCUGGUCUCUUCCUGUAUAGAAUAUAUCUGUCACACAAUGCAUGUUACAGACUGAUCGUAUUAUCUGGUCUCCCCUUGUAUAGUAUAUAUCCGUCGCACAAUGCAUGUUACAGACUGAUCGUAUUAUCUGGUCUCUUCCUGUAUAGUAUAUAUCCGUCACACAAUGCAUGUUGCAGACUGAUCGCAUUAUCCUGUAUAGUAUAUUACCCGUCACACAAUGCAUGUUACAGACUGAUCGCAUUAUCUGGUCUCUUCCUGUAUAGUAUAUAUCCGUCACACAAUGCAUGUUACAGACUGAUCGCAUUAUCUGCUCUCUUCCUGUAUAGUAUAUAUCCGUCACACAAUGCAUGUUACAGACUGAUCGCAUUAUCUGCUCUCUUCCUGUAUAGUAUAUAUCCGUCACACAAUGCAUGUUACAGACUGAUCGUAUUAUCUGGUCUCUUCCUGUAUAGUAUAUUACCCGUCACACAAUGCAUGUUACAGACUGAUCGUAUUAUCUGGUCUCUUCCUGUAUAGUAUAUUACCCGUCACACAAUGCAUGUUACAGACUUAUCGCAUUAUCUGGUCUCUUCCUGUAUAGUAUAUAUCCGUCACACAAUGCAUGUUACAGACUGAUCGUAUUAUCUGGUCUCUUCCUGUAUAGUAUAUAUCCUUCGCACAAUGCAUGUUACAGACUGAUCGUAUUAUCUGGUCUCUUCCUGUAUAGUAUAUAGCCGUCACACAAUGCAUGUUACAGACUGAUCGUAUUAUCUGGUCUCUUCCUGUAUAGUAUAUACCCGUCGCACAAUGCAUGUUACAGACUGAUCGCAUUAUCUGGUCUCUUCCUGUAUGGUAUAUUACCCGUCACACAAUGCAUGUUACAGACUGAUCGUAUUAUCUGGUCUCUUCCUGUAUAGUAUAUAUCCGUCACACAAUGCAUGUUACAGACUGAUCGCAUUAUCUGGUCUCUUCCUGUAUAGUAUAUUACCCGUCGCACAAUGCAUUUUACAGACUGAUCGCAUUAUCUGGUCUCUUCCUGUAUAGUAUAUAUCCGUCGCACAAUGCAUGUUACAGACUGAUCGUAUUACCUGGUCUCUUCCUGUAUAGUAUAUAUCCGUCACACAAUGCAUGUUACAGACUGAUCGCAUUAUCUGGUCUCUUCCUGUAUAGUAUAUUACCCGUCACACAAUGCAUGUUACAGACUGAUCGCAUUAUCUGCUCUCUUCCUGUAUAGUAUAUAUCCGUCACACAAUGCAUGUUACAGACUGAUCGUAUUAUCUGGUCUCUUCCUGUAUAGUAUAUAUCCGUCACACAAUGCACGUUACAGACUGAUCGUAUUAUCAUAUUUGAAUUGAAAAUUACUCUGGAAUUAGGGGAAUCACAUGCUAUAAUGGUCUCUUCCUGUAUAGUAUAUAUCCGUCACACAAUGCAUGUUAUAGACUUAUCGUAUUAUCCGUCACACAAUGCAUGUUACAGACUGAUCGUAUUAUCUGGUCUCUUCCUGUAUAGUAUAUACCCGUCGCACAAUGCAUGUUACAGACUGAUCGUAUUAUCUGGUCUCUUCCUGUAUAGUAUAUUACCCGUCACACAAUGCAUGUUACAGACUGAUCGCAUUAUCUGGUCUCUUCCUGUAUAGUAUAUAUCCGUCACACAAUGCAUGUUACAGACUGAUCGUAUUAUCUGGUCUCUUCCUGUAUAGUAUAUAUCCUUCGCACAAUGCAUGUUACAGACUGAUCGUAUUAUCUGGUCUCUUCCUGUAUAGUCAUAUACAGACUGAUCGUAUUAUCUGGUCUCUUCCUGUAUAGUAUAUACACAAAUGCAUGUUACAGACUGAUCGCAUUAUCUGGUCUCUUCCUGUAUAGUAUAUAUCCGUCACACAAUGCAUGUUACAGACUGAUCGCAUUAUCUGGUCUCUUCCUGUAUAGUAUAUAUCCGUCACACAAUGCAUGUUACAGACUGAUCGCAUUAUCUGGUCUCUUCCUGUAUAGUAUAUAUCCAUCGUGCACACAAUGGUCUCUUCCUGUAUAGUAUAUAUCCGUCACACAAUGCAUGUUACAGACUGAUCGCAUUAUCUGGUCUCUUCCUGUAUAGUAUAUACCCGUCGCACAAUGCAUGUUACAGACUGAUCGCAUUAUCUGGUCUCUUCCUGUAUAGUAUAUAUCCGUCACACAAUGCAUGUUACAGACUGAUCGCAUUAUCUGGUCUCUUCCUGUAUAGUAUAUAUCCGUCACACAAUGCACGUUACAGACUGAUCGUAUUAUCUGGUCUCUUCCUGUAUAGUAUAUAUCCGUCACACAAUGCACGUUACAGACUGAUCGUAUUAUCAUAUUUGAAUUGAAAAUUACUCUGGAAUUAGGGGAAUCACAUGCUAUAAUGCUUAAGUGUGUGUUUGUCUGUUUUCAGCUACUCUCCAAAGAUGUGAAGCAGAGAUUGGGGUGUCAAGAGGGAAGAACGAUGGAGGUAAAGAGGCACUCCUUUUUCAAAGUUAUAAACUUUAAAAGAUUAGAGGCCGGAAUAAUGGAUCCUCCUUUUGUCCCUGAUGUGAGUAAAAGCAUAUUAUUAGUUGUAUAAGCGUUUAUUGCAGUUUGAAAGAGUAUGUUUGAUCGAGUACAUGUGAUUCAAAAUAGCUAUUUCAAGGAUUUUAUAUAGAUCUGAAUUAUGCAUAUUGGUAUUAUUUAAAGCUAUAUGGUGCAAACAGGGGAAAUAAUAAUAUUAGUCAUUAAAAGUUAUUGGGUAGUGCGUUGUUGGGUAGUGCGUUGUUGGGUAGUGCGUUGUUGGGUAGCGAUUGUCUCUUUUAGAAUAAAACAAUGAUUUUGUUUGUGCAUAAUAUUGGCUUUUUCAUACACUCGAGUUGUAAUAUUGAAAUAUAACGAUGUCUGUGUUAACGAUGAACUGUCAUUUGUCUGGAAAUUACAGCAUUGAAUCAAAAUCACUUAUAACUUCAACUUUCAACAAUUUUCAAUUGAUCCUCUAUUUUCACUGACAUGUACAUUAAAGGUUUAGUAACUGACAUUACAAUCCAGUCCUGGCACAGACAGGGCACACGGUAUACUGGAAGAGGUUAAACAGACACAAUGUUUCUGUGUCUCCUCCUCUCUUUAUGCUCUCUGCUGACUGCCAAGUGCAAAGGACAGAACUUAUAACAAUGAUUGACAGGAAGCUAAGAGGGGCUCAAUUUCAGAAUAGAGGUUUAUACAGUAGUUGGAUUCUACAUUUAAAGGAACACUAUAAGGUCAGGAACACAGACAUGUAUUCCUGACACUAUAAUGUUAAAAACACAAUAUAGCCCUCCUGGUGUCCCUUGCCCCCAUAAAUAUAGUAAAAUCUUACUUUUAUUCUAGUCUGCUGCAAGUGCCUCUGUGGUGGGCCAGGGGUAGCUUGUUCGGUUACCUAAACCAAGAUACGACAUACACCUGGAAUGGAACAGUUUAACAUAUGUGGAGACCCAUUCCUCCCCCAGUAACUGGAUGACACACAGUUCCAGGGGUACAACAACAACUUUAUUGGCCACACUCAGCUUUGUACUUUUCCCCAUGCAAUGGGUGGACACCACACAAGGACAUUGUCCCCUCCCAGGAUCCCAGCGCGGGACCAGAACUCUGGUCCUUUUGUCUCUUGUUCCCGCCACCCAAACACAUGGUUUCCCACUUCCGGGAACAGGGGGUCUUCUUCCCAGGAUCCUUCAUGCCUGGGAGCCAAAGCGCGGGAGAAGGGGGAUUGUUGUCCCUUUGUCUCCCAGACACUCAGUGUCUUCCUCCUAUGAGCCUAUGUACCUGGGAAGCACCAUGCAGAAAAAACCCUGCCCCUUUCUUCCCCAGGCACAGAUAGCCCACCAAACCCGCCAUUGUCGCUAAAGGAUGUCCACAACAAUCCCCAGGGACCUACAUAAUGGUACCUGCCUCUAACAGCCUCCGUACGCGGGGUCCCCAUGUGAAACCAAGCACGAGAAGCGUCUCCUUUCGGGGUACGAAUGCUUCCCCUGGUUGGCACUCGUCUAUAUGAAUGGCGGCCACCCAGGAAAGCAAUCAUUAAUUACUUCCCUUGUUGUGAGUUGUGAACAUUCUAAUUGAUUGGUGCAAACAUUCCAAUGGGCACGGGGAAGGUCCUCAUUCGGGAACCGAACGGGGUGGGAAUCAAUCCGCGAAUGCCUCCCCUGGAUGGCGUUUGCCUAUACGAAAUGGCUGCCACCCAGAGCACGCGCCGAGGCUUCCCUUGCGGUUUGUGGUUUUGACACAUUGUUACGAUGUGCGAACAUUCUAAACCAAUAUUCUAAACAAGGUAUCGGUGUGGUCGGGGGGGAGCAGGCACAUUUAUACAAAGUAGCAGGGAAGCACACAGCUUAUAACAAUGCAAUGCACGAACAGGCAUUGGUCCCGCCACAGCCUCUGCCCUUGAUCUGCCUGCUUGGCUGACAUCAUCAGAAGUAAUUAUUUGAGUCAAUCAAAAUGCUUUCCCAUAGGAUUGGCUGAGACGGUCAAGGAGGCAAAUCAGGGACAGAGCCAGCACAAGUCAAACACAGCCCUGGCCAAUCAGCAUCACCUCAUAGAGAUUAAUUGAAUCAAUGCAUCUCUAUGAGAAAAGUUCAGUGUCUGCAUGCAGAAGGUGGAGACACUAAAUGUCAGUCACACUGUGCAGCACUGCCCCAGGAAGCACCUCUAGCAGCCACCUGAGGAGUGGCCAAUGGAGGUAUCCCUAAAAGGAAUUGUUCUGGUGACUAUAGUGUCCCUUUAAUUUUACUUUUAAACAUAGGGAUUUGGUAACAGAAUAUAAAAAAUUACAGGAAGUGACGGUUCCCCUUUAACACCUGAAUCCAUGUGUAAUUUUUACACUUCUUUUAUCGUAAUUUUUUUUUUUCCUGAUUUGCACUCAAGAUCACUAUACAUUUGCUUACAUACUUCCUAGCAUUUGAAAUGGCCAGAGAAUAACGUAUUAAGGGGUUUGGUCAGAGAUGUGGCCAUUGGUGUGGCUAUUCCAGGACAUUUAAAGUGAAAUCAUGAACUGCUGAUUACUAUUUAUGUAUUUAUGUUUUUUACUCAAAAAAAUAAACCAGAUGAACUGUGUCAAUUAUAAGGUGCUUAAAGGACCACUCUAGGCACCCAGACCACUUCAGCUUAAUGAAACUGCUAUGUUUAUCAAUGGGUUAAGCCUUCCUCCAAAUCCUCUAGUGGCUGUCUCAUUGACAGCCGCUAGAGGCGCUUGCGUGCUUCUCACUGUGAAAAUCACAGUGAGAGCACGCAAGUCCAUAGAAAAUGCGGCUUAGUGCGCACUUGCGCGCGUGCGCAUUCAGCCGACGGGGCGGAUCGGAGGAGGAGAGCUCCCCGCCCAGCGCUGGAAAAAGGUAAGUUUUUACCCCUUUCCCCUUUCCAGAGCCGGGCGGGAGGGGGACCCUGAGGGUGGGGGCACCGUUAGGGCACUAUAGUGCCAGGAAAACUAGUAUGUUUUCCUGGCACUAUAGUGGUCCUUUAAGGUUGAUUACGUAAAGAGUUUAGACAAGCUGCUCAACACUCGUGUAGGUACCUCUAACCUUACACUAUAAACAUGCAAACCAGAUGGUGGGAACCAACUACAUCAAACAAAAACCCAGUGGAGCGCUAGAUAAAUACACUUACCCUUAGGCAAGGGAAUAAACUUAAAGCAAAGUAUCUAAAGGGAAAACAUAAACAGAAUAUUGUGCAGUAUGCCUCGAUACACAGAGUGGUAUAGUGUCUAUAUGAAGCACACUCACAUGGUGCAGAGCCUUGGGGUGGAUAGGCUCAAAUCUCAUGCGCAAAGGUAUUUCAAGAUAAUACCAAAACGUCUUCUAUGCAGGGGUGUAGAGUACUCAAAAAGGAAAGAUAACGCAGAUAUAGUGUAUUAUCUUCACUAUUGAUGUGAAUAAGACAUAUCAAUCACUGCUCACCUUAUUGAGAGACAAAUGACUGAGCUCUCAGAAUAAUGCGCACUGUGCCUUUAAGAUGGCACAGCUCUUCUUUGCAGCAGAGGACAACGGCAAAAUAGAAAACUUUGAGAUAAAAUUAAAAAUGUAUUACCAAAAAUAAAGGUUAUAAAAACAAACAACUUAAAUAUACCACAAGUAUGGAGUCCCACAAUAGAAAAUAUGCCGUCCAAAAUUGUCCGAGGCGCGUUUCGCCUGAACCAACAGGAUUUCUCAAUCGGUAUCCUCAUCUCUGCUCAGUCUGCCAGUUUUGUAUCUGGCGGUUCGUCCGUGAUUGGUGCGCUGUAUUGUGUAUCCUCCAAUCAGUCCGUUGAUCUGGGGGGGAGGGUGUCAGCUCGCUCAGUUGUCUAUGCUUAAUUCCAUAUGAGCGGAAGUGACGUAUCGGAGAUUGUCUAACGUCACUUCCGGGUUAGCGAUAUCGCCAUUUUAAGUGUUGGCAUAAUACUGGCCAGCUUAGUAAUUCGGGACAAGUUCAUGGUAUCCAGAAUGUUUAUAAAAACAGAAAAAAACAGAACAUUAAGCACUCAAUCUUAAUGAAGACAUUUAUAAGUACAACAUAAUAAUUAUGUAUGGACUAGCAAAUUCUGCAAAUAUGAUACAUACAUUUGUAAUCACACGUAGUCAAGAGUAAAAAACAAUCAUCAUCCACAUAAUCAAUGUACCCAACAUCUCAUAUACAUAUACAUUCCCUUGUAUUACAGUGCAAAACAUUUGACCAGUUUCCCAAAAGGGACUACAUGACAGCAUCAUAUAUAUAAAAAUAAAAAGAAUAAAAAGAAUGGGACUUAAUUAAAACGUGUAUUUAAAAUACACACACAUUCAAAAUAUACUUAAAAAUACCUAUUUUGGCCAUAUAUAGGCCAUAAAGAAUAUAUAUAUAAAAAUUUCUUUAAAAAAUUAAUUUAGAAAAAAUGGCAGAGUUCGAAAUUCUGGAUACCAUGAACUUGUCCCAAAACAGUGCAGGCUUCUGAAAAUGACUUAACUGACAUAUAGACUCACCUGUCUGCAGUCCAAGACUCGGUGCAGCAAAUCCCUAACGUUCUGCCAAGACCUAACAAAAUCCACCUUCCUAUGGCACAAAUCCUUUGCCCCAAUAACAGCAGGCAUCACCUACAGGUGGAGGACGAACGUAACCCCACACACACUCACAUUGAUGGAGGAAGCACCCAUAUUUCUGUAGACAUUGGGACUGACGUCUCCGACUGCCAACCCACCCCCAAGACCCACCACUGACUCUUGGGAUCCUUUGUCCCGAGAUCCAGGAUCACCCAGGCUAUGGAACCAAGACAGAUAUAGGGACUGACUCAAUACAAGGCACCUUAAUUCUUGUCGGAAACCUAUUUACAGCACAGCUCAAAUCAUAUUGUCCCAGCUUGGAGAUACCCACACAAGGUAUACAUAGUCAUACCGGGAACAGAUAGUUCUACCAAAAGUACAGAACGCCAACUUACACAUUCCCCCUGCUCCCCUGGCCAUGAGUAACUACACUCAAAGCAUCGAGUAUUACCACAAGCCUGAGUAGCUACACUUAUUCAACCUUAGCACUUCAUACAUCACACCUACGGGAUUAAAGAACUCACCUCAAACUUCCAUGCACGCGUAUAUGCCGAGACUUCAGCUACUCAGCUCCCUAACCAUCCCUUCAACAUAUCAUGACAUCGGCCCUUAGGACCAAUGUAGGUGCACUACACACCUAAACACCCACUAUAAGUUAUGUCUCCUACAGAUUGCUUAUGCAAUGCACUGAGAAAAUAAGGAAGUUAAAAAAUACACUGAAUGUAAAAAUAUAUUUUUUUUUCUUUAAUCCCUUUAUGCUUUUUUAUAACAUGUUCCCUGUGGCUGUGUGAGCUCACUAUGGUGAAUGGAAAUCACAAGAGCAGUAAAUAGUUAUUGUAAGUGAAUGUGAGAUUCUUUCUCUGGCAAACAAUUUUUUUUGUAAUUAUUCAUUGUUUGCUUUUUUACGAUAAUAUAUUUUUGUUUUUAUAACGCUAGUCAUUUAUGCAGUUCAGUCGUUAUUCUAUUAGGAUUGUAGUCGGGAACGGAACUAGGAAAACCAGGUAAAUUGAACUAUGUUGGGUUAUAAUGGUUAUAUUCCUCUCUUAGCCCCGUGCUGUGUACUGUAAGGAUGUUCUCGACAUUGAACAAUUCUCAACCGUUAAAGGAGUAAAUUUGGACCAAACCGAUGAUGAUUUCUACAACAAGUUCUCCACUGGUUCAGUGUCCAUCCCAUGGCAGAAUGAGGUAAGCAGGCCUGAGAUUAUUUCUUAUUCUCGUGUAAUAAGCAUUUCCUUGAUAGCUAGGGGUUUAUUCAUUAAACAGAGGGUUACUAUCAACAAUAGACUCAAAACAGCCAAAUUGGAAGAAAUAAAAUCUGUAGAUUGGUUUACAUUAUCUAUUAUUCUGUUUCAAACUACCAGAAUGAUAAAUCCAUUGCAUAAAUGAAAAAAUGGCAUAUAUUAAAAAAUUAUGGUUGGAGUGCUCAAAAACGGUUGAAAUAACCCUGACGGAUUUAACCCCUUAAGGACCAAACUUCAGGAAAAAAAGGGAAUCAUGACAUGUCACACAUGUCAUGUGUCCUUAAGGGGUUAAAGCCCUUCUGUCACUUGUCAGUGUUUCAUAUAGAUAUCAUUUUAAUAAAAUAAUCAUACUGGAACUACGUAACCUGCUAACCCUGAGGGUGCACAGAGCGGUGCAUUUGACCAAAGGCACAUUAACCCCUUAAGGACCAAACUUCUGGAAUAAAAGGGAAUCAUGACAUGUCACAGAGUCCUGUAGUCGGGGGGGGUUUGGGGCUGCGGUUAGUGUGGCUAGCUCGUCUUGUGCAUGCUUCGGUUGGUCAUCCGAUGCCCUGUCGUGGGCCAUUACUCACAGGUGGGUUCAGUUCUCUGUGGGGAGCUGUGCAGCCUUGUGGUGGCGGGUGGUUCCUCCAGCCCGGGGACUGCGUGGACAGUAGUGCUCUGUUCCCACAAGUUAAAAUUCUCGAGAGUCCUAGGGUUUUUCCCGUAGGAUCAGGGCGGCAGGUGCCAAUGCUUGUCGGCGUGGGUGUCCCCCUGUUUCUUCGGUCUCCCCGCUGUCGUGCCUGUGGCUGGUGUCUCCGUCUGUGAUUGCGUCGGGCUGCAUUCUUGGGCCUCCACAGGUGUUUCCGCUGGCACAGAUGGCUUGGGUAAGUUUCACCCUUUGUGGUUCCGAUGCCGGGUGGGCCUGUGUCGGGAACUGCGCCUGUUUGAGUCUCUGUUUGCCGCACUGUAUUCUUGUGCUUUGUGGAGUCCUCCCCUGUGCCAAGCUGUCGUUCCCUGUGUAUGCUGGGCCCAGCAUGGACCAGUGUUGGUGGUAUGAGUCUAUGUUUCUGCUCCAGGUGUGUCCAGAAACGGUUGCAAGCAGCCUCGAACCUGGCGUUGAAGUCUGCUGCCCAGUCGCUGAGAGUUUGUUGGUCUGAGUAGGUAACGCCACCGUCGGCCAUUUUGAUCGGGCCUCGUGGUCUCCGCUUAUCUGCUGUAUACUCAAGGGUAUUUUGCUUGGUCGUCUCAGUCUGGGUAGGUGGACUGGGAUAUCCCAUACAGGUCCUGGGGGGCAGGGGGGUGAUUUGUCGGGGUCCCAGUUACUGUUGUUGUGCCCGGAGAGCGGCCGUCUCUCCGUGGCUCAGUGUCUGGUAGGCCACAAGCCUCGGCGUAUCCGUUAGGCCGAGUUAGGGUUCGAGAGAGGCACCGGAUAGUGCGGUAGCCCCUCCCGGUUACGAUUGUCGUGGUCUGCAGCUAGUGGGUCUCAAUGGCUGGGUAAGAUGCCCUGUUUUUCGUUCCCAGGCGUGGGAGCUCUUGCCUGGCACGUCUGGGCCGCUUGGUUGCUUGGCUCCACCCCGCAUUAAAGGUUAUAUUUUAAUUACAUUUAGGGCACUCAUUUCUCUCUUUUUUCACUACUUCUUUAGUCCCUGGGUUAACCCCAAUACGAGUGCUCUCUUUAGCUUCUACUUUUUUGCUUUGUUUUUUCACAUUAAGUCACCAUACAGCUUGAAAAGUAUUACUUUGAUUGCUUACAUUUUUGCAGUAUCGUUAAAUAAAUGAUGUUGUAUUUACUCUUACUUUAUGUGAAGGAAUACCCCUUCACUGUUCGGCUAAUUGCCAUCACUCUUCGGCUAUUUGCACUCUCGGCUAUUAACUUCCCUCAGUUACUCGGUUUUUUUUUCAUGGCCAUUCGUUAACUUGUUUGUUUUACUGAACGGAGACCACCCUGGGACUAAUUAGAACGUGGAACACUAUGUAUCAAUACAAAAACCGCAGACUAAUUGAUUGCUUCUAGAUGGCCGCCAUUUCGUGCAUACGAAUACAUGUAGUGAGAACAAUGGGUGCCGGCCAUCUUGUCUCCCGAACGAGGUCAGCGGAACUUGGUGCCUGGAACGCACUUUCACGAACCCCGGUCUAUAUGGAACUUCGUUACAUUCUAUUUCCUAGCACUUUAGACGUACGGCGUUCGGGAGUUUGAAACAGACGAACGCAAGAAGCAUUCUGCACGAACCAUCUUCAUUCUACCUAUUGCGGUUUUCGUAUGAAUCUCCACGAACGGAGACCGGCUCUUGCUACAAAUCUUCUGGAACUCCACUCCAUGGUGCCGUACGGAUUUGGCUGAAAUUUGGAUAUGUUGCUCCCACAGAGACAAGCUACACAGAGAUGUGACAUUUGUGGGUUUUUUAUGUAGUUUGGGGGUAUUUCUGAAAAUCUUGAAAAUUGUAACUUUAUUAAAAAUGGGUUAUUAUGCGACACCAGCCACAUUGGAACCUUUGGAUUAUGCUCAUUAUUAUUUUAUGGAAUAAGGGAAUGCAAGAUGGUGAUAGCUACUCAGACCGUCACACUUUAUCUCUAGUGUCCCAUUAAAUGAUAUCCAUUCUGCAAAAUGAAUGGAGCUUUAUACUUUGUGGACUUGUAACUUAUAUAUCCCACAAUCCUCUCUGUUCCUUCUAAAUGAAUUAAUGAUAAUUUCACAUCCCUUCACAUGUUGCUCACAAGCGGAUCCAUGUAUACAUGGAUAUAAAGGAAUAAGAAAAAUAUAUCUUAUUAUUAUUACAAAAGACUACAUAAAAUAAAUUAAAACAUAGCAGGUAGUAAAGUUAAGUGCCUCCAUUAGUAAACCGUCUCAGCUGAACACGUUUCACGUCUGGACAAUGCUUUCUCAACAGCCCAGCAACAUAUAUUACUUUCAUAUCGGAAACACUGGUUCAUGAAGGACCAAUCAAACAUCUAUCAGUAUUGCAAUAUGUGAAUCCUCAACUUAUUUCCUACGCACAUUUACUGCAGAAUAGUAUACCUGGCUCCAUAGACUGGCACCUACAAUGGUAACCAUGUUGCUUUUUAUUCUCACAGAUGAUUGAAACAGAAUGCUUCAAAGAACUGAACCAGUUUGGCCCUAAUGGAACCCUAUCUCCAGACCUGAAUAGGAGUCAUCCUCCAGACCCACCUAAAAAGAGUCUGCUCCAUCGAAUUUUUAAACGUCAGGUAAGUAAUAUGUAG